GCGACGGCGAAGGAGGCCGGGCCGCGAUCGGCGUGCGGAGAGCGGACGCGGCACGAGAAGCGGCAGCAGCGGCGGCAGGAGGAGCGGGCGCCUGUCCGGGGAGGCGGCGAGCAGCUGCAGCAUCUGCAGCCGGCAGGCCCGGGGUCGCGAUGUUGCCUGCGGCGCGGGCCGACUACCUGGCGCCCUGGUGGGCGUCGUGGCUGCACGGGCUGCCCCACUUGAGCCUCCGCCUGCAGCCGGUCUCCAGCGCCUUCCGCCCGAGGGACGCCGACUACCAGCAGGUGCGCUGCCCGCCCGCCCGCCCGGUGCAUGAUCCUCUUCCCCCGUAGGGUAGAAUGAAUGGGGCACCCUCCAUGCAAAGCCCCACUCCAAACCCACUGCGGCCCUUGGCUGGGCCUCCCGCGCUUCCCAGCGCGACCUUCCUUCAGCUCUGGGGCGGUUGCCAGGUCCUGCGGUGGGAGCCCCCCGGACUGGAUCCCUCGGCCUAUCGAAGAGGGAGGGAGAGAUCCGGAGUGGCUCCCCCCCCCGUCGGCUUCCCACAAAAUGCCUGCCCUCGACAAAACGCCUCCUCUAAUGGAAGGGGCUUUGCAACUCCGUCAAGUGCCGUCCUCGCUGCCCCGCUUUGUUUCUACCACAACUCCUAGGGGUCGAGGUCCGUUCGCCCCCCCCCCAAAAAAUUGAGCCCCCCCCAAGUUGAUGGGCAUUGUUGUUCAAAUAGUGUGGGUGCCCCACGUCUUGUGAUGGAUGGAUAGAUUAUUGGGGGCGGGGCUUGCCUCCCCCCCGUUUUAUUCAAGUUAGCACCCCUGCGCUCACCCAUCCGCACCCCCGAUGGCUAUUCUGAGCGUGGUGGUCUCGUGAAAUCCUCGUGGGCAGUUGUUGCCUUGCGCACCUUCAUAUACGCUCCUGUGUGUAUCCGAUCAGGACGCAAAUGACUCGUGGCCGCCGGUCCUGUACUCCUUUGGAGUAAAGCAGACGAGCAUCCAGUCUCCCGCAGUGCCUCUUUUGACCCCUUUUUGCGGCAUCCCAGCCAAUCGCCUGGUAAUUAAGAUUCUCGGGGGGGGGGGCAGCCUAGGGAAAAAAAACCCAAACAUGCCAGGUCCUGUGUCCUCUGUGCUGUGGGCAAGAUUCAGUGGCUCUGAUUUUAAAUAUUAAGCUGUGUAGCUUUUUAUCCCCUCCAUCCGUCACCCACCCCACCCUUUUGGGGGGAAUUGACCUGAAUUGCAAAUUAAAAUAGACGCGUGCAUUCGACGAUGAGAGUUGUCAUUUGAAUUUUGCAAAUCUUUUUAAAGAAGCAGGCGUCUCUGUGUUAAUAAGGCAUCUUUCUGAGUCCUGCCUGAAGGUUAUGUUUCGCUCUGCUCUUGCACAUGCAAAGGCAGUUACAUUUUCCAUUGGCUUCCCCAAAGCUUGACUCCGCCCUCCUCUCCCCAUCUCCCUCAGGCCCACAAAAUAUAACAUUCUCCCCCCCAAAAACCCCCCCUGCAAAACUAACCCUCUCUUAUUUGCAUGUGUGAUAUGCUAGAAACCCUCCUUGUCUACUCUUCAGAUAGCUGGAUCCUUUAUUUUUCCCCUCAGUUCCUUGUUUGGGUGGAAAUCUAUUUGUAAGUAGCGAUCCUAUUAACUUCAGAUACGCUGCUAUCCAUUCUGGAUGCACAGUGUUUGCUGUAUUUUCUCAUCUCUGUAUUUGGAGCCAGUUCUGUUGUGUUUCCUUUACUCUCCAUAUACUGGUUUUUCUUGGUAAUGGUGUGACAGAGUUCUUCAUUGCUCUGGGUCUUUGUUGAUUGCAUUUCUGUUUUUUUCUCCCACCCCAUCCCACUGCCAAUCUCAAGAUGGCAUAUGUGGUUCUGCAUUUUAUCCUCACACCAAGCCUGUUAGGUUAGGCUGAGAGAUGGUGACUUGAUCAUCUGAGGACUUCAUGGCUGUGGGUCUUCUUAGGCUGAUAGUCUAGAACAGUGUUUCCUAACCUGUGGGUUUUGACCCACAAGUGGGUUGCAAAGCUUGGGCAGACGGGUUGCGGGCUUUGCAGUGGUACCUCAGGUUAAGUACUUAAUUCGUUCUGGUGGUCCGUACUUAACCUGAAACUGUUCUUAACCUGCGGCACCACUUUAGCUAAUGGGGCCUCCUGCUGCUGCUGCCGCGCCACCGGAGCACAAUUUCUGUUCUCAUCCUGAAGCAAAGUUCUUAACCUGAAGCACUAUUUCUGGGUUAGCGGAGUCUGUAACCUGAAGCGUAUGUAACCUGAAGUGUAUGUAACCUGAGGUACCACUGUAUAAGUAAAUCCCAAAUAAUUAUAGCUUGCAGCCUCUUACUGUAAGAGGAGUACCUCUUAAAGCUGUUUUAUUGGCUUAUUAUAAUUCUGUGUUGAUGCUUGUAACCGCAUGUCUGAAAGACUCUGGUAGAGCAUGACACUGCUUAAUCUCUGGAUCGUGAGUCCCACGUUGGGUGAAAGAUUCCUGCCUUGCAAUGACUAGAUGACCCUUGUGGUCCCUUCCAGCUCUGCAAUUUUAUUAUUCUGUGAUUCUCAUUGGGAACUCUCUGCUGGCUGGUGAUGCUUCUGGGGACAGUUUGCCACAAAGUGCUAAUAGAGUUUGCAUCAGAGGCAAGCUGUAAUGUUGUUGUUUAGUCAUUUAGUCAUGUCUGACUCUUCAUGACCCCAUGGACCAGAGCAUUCCAGGCACUUCUGUCUUCCACUGCCUCCCGCAGUUUAGUCAGACUCAUGCUGGUAGCUUCGAGAACACUAUCCAACCAUCUCGUCCUCUGUCGUCCCCUUCUCCUUAUGCCCUCCAUCUUUCCCAACAUCAGGGUCUUUUCCAGGGAGUCUUCUCUUCUCAUGAGGUGGCCAAAGUAUUGGAGCCUCAGUUUCAAGACCUGUCCUUCCAGUGAGCACUCAGGGCUGAUUUCCUUAAGAAUGGAUACGUUUGAUCUUCUUGCAGUCCAUGGGACUCUCAAGAGUCUCCUCCAGCACCAUAAUUCAAAAGCAUCAAUUCUUCGGUGAUCAGCCUUCUUUAUGGUCCAGCUUUCACUUCCAUACAUCACUACUGGGAAAACCAUAGCUUUUACUAUACGGACCUUUGUUGGCAAGGUGAACCCAUUAAUAGUCAAGGGUAAUUUGUAGUUUGCUUAGAAACAAAGAAAUUUGAGUGUAUGUGAAGGCCAUUUGCAACCAGAUCUCACCACUUGUGCAGAAAGAACAAUGGCUCAUUGAACUAUCACGUGACAGGAUCCUCAAAGACAACAGCAUUUCCAAAAAUUAUCAGAAUGUUGGUUUCAUGUUGCCACUGAGUAGCCUAAACUUGUUGAUGAAGAAGUAUCUGCGCCGCUGCCAUUUGGUAGCCCAUACCUUUGGGAGGCAGGAUUUUCAGCAACGACUGCUAUGAAGACUGAAAUGCAGAAGUAAGCUAUGUUUCGGGAAGGAUCUGAGACUGUGUCUGACAACCAAUAAACCCUGCACUCACCUGCUCUUUGGCAAAAUGCAAGCUCUGUCAUCCCAUUGAUACCUGCCAAAGUGGACUUCAUCAUGAAAAAAUCAUAAGAUAUAAUGAACUACAAGUAUUUUUAGCAGGCCUUGUGUAACUGCGGUUGUGGAAUGAAUUUAUAAAGUUGUUGUUGCAAUCUGUCUGUCUCACGACAAUGGAGUGCGCCUCCAGAGGUCAAGCACCAAAUUUAUAUUACUUACCAAUCAGGUGUUGGUUGUUUUUACACUCCAUGAGCACAACAAUGAUUAUCUUUGUAAGCCCUAUAAAUAUUUCAUCAAAUUCAGUAUGUUGCAUAUACGUCUCACAUCAUGGUUGUAAAAUAGGCAGACUUGCAUUUUAAAUGCACAAAACCAAUGGCCACUGAAGACCUGUGGUCCAAAAUUCAUGUAGCGAUGGGUUACUGCACAAAGUAAAUUUGGACUUAUGGGUUGCCGUACAAAAAAAGACUUGAAACCACUGAUUUAGGAAACGAACAUUUCUUUUGGGUGGCUGUGUGCUUGUUCCAAAAAUGGAAAAGUGGGAAGGUAGGUACUUCAGAUUAAGAACAGUGUCAGGUUAAGAAUGGACCUCCAGAACGAAUUAAGUUCUUAACCUGAGGUACCACUGUGUGUGUUCGUCGGCAGGAAGUUGUGUACAUGUGUGCUGCUCCAAGUUCCACCUGGGACUUGACCCUCACUGUGGGACUUGUCUCAAAGGUUUCCUGUGUGAUUACUUAACCUAUGAUAACAAUGUUUAGCGCUCACUUUGCCUUUUGAUGUAUUUGGAAGUCUCUUUCCCUGCUGGCGGUUCCUCAAAAUUACUAUUAAUAACCAAGGGUCCUGCAGUUAUGUAAAUGUGCCCUUAAUUAGUUCUGAAAGCCUCAAAGGUGAGAACCGUUCCCUUUCCCUCUCUAAUAGAGGCUGCCUGAUUCUCAUCAUUCUUUCAGAGCCUGGUGGUAUGUAGGCCAGCUCAUUGCAAUUGCUAUGAAGAUGUCAGUGACUUUUUUUACAACUACCUUAUUGCUGUCAAUUUGUUAGAAUAUGGGCCAGGAAAAGCAGAGUACUUAGGCUUUGUAUGGAAGAUGCUCCAUUCAUAAGUACUAGAGGAAAGGUCACUCAAGUUCAUUCCCUGGAAACUGUGGGAACCUCAAGCUUGAAGUUCGCCUCUGGCUGAGAUGCUUUUCUGCCUGAAGGCGCCUUCUGUGCAACUUAAAGCCUACUAAACCUUCUCUAACAUAGUUGGUUCAAUAAAAGUUAUUUUCUUAAAGAUUCAAGUCAGGUUCGGCAUAGUAUUUACCUAGGUGUUUUUUUUACCGCUCUGGUAAAAAAAUAGUUGGAAAGAAUCUUAAUUCACGAGUCUGUGUAGGUCAGGCAAUAACACUUCCUUUUUUUAUAGUCCUUUAUGAAUACAUAUAUUCAGUUCAGAUUACAUAAAGCAAUAGAUUUAUCUAUGGAUUGUACAUAGCUGGCAGGAGUUUGCAUCCCGAGCACUUAACACCUGCUGGGCUAGAUAUACUUUCGUUUUCCUUUUGAAGGAAGCAUACACUACUGCAAAGCCUUGUAAAAGAUCUAAGAAUUCAUGCUGCUAGGCAACACAGUAUUGCCUCUGCUAUCACUUUAAGAAUUGUAUUGGCAAACCCUUUAGUAGAGAUCAUCAGAAAUUCUGUUUUCUAUUCCUUCUGCUGCGUUUUGCACACGCACCCACACGCAUAUGGCUUGCCUUAUUCACUUUUUACUUCACAAUCUUCAUCUAAUAAUAGCAGCCUACAUGCUGGUUAAAAGCUAGACAUAUGAUGUGUGUGUGUGUGUGUGUGUGUGUGUGUGUUAGUAUAAAGGGUGAGCACAUUUUCCCAUUAAAAAACACAAAUCUUGCAGGCCAGGUCUCAGCACCCAAUCCGUUUCCACUCAGUGCACACAUGUAUUUUAAGGGGAAACUAGACUUUUCUUAUGUCCAAUACAUGUACAGUGGUACCUCGGAUUACAUACGCUUCAGGUUACAUAUGCUUCAGGUUACAGACUCCGCUAACCCAGAAAUAGUACCUCAGGUUAAGAACUUUGCUUCAGGAUGAGAACAGAAAUUGUGUGGUGGCGGCGCGGCAGCAGCGGGAGGCCCCAUUAGCUAAAGUGGUAUCUCCGGUUAAGAACAGUUUCAGGUUAAGAACGGACCUCCAGAACGAAUUAAGUUCUUAACCCAAGGUACCACUGUAUAGGACUGGCACAAAGUACAAAGAGUAGUUUAAGCAGUAGCUCUUUUCUUUUUUCCUAAUUAAUUCCCUCAGCGUGGUGAUUCUAAUGUAGAGGAACUACUGUUUGUUCCUUUGGAAGUUGCUAACCCAAAUUUAGAAUGCCUACCUAGUUGAAUGCCCACCUGAGUUCUUCUCGUACGCUGCACUGGUCAGAUGUUACCUUCCACCUUGGCAGGUGGUUGCGUUUCAUUGCGGCACUGCCGUAAUUAAUUUUUUAUUCACGGUGUAGUGCAAGUCGUACUACCGCUGGUUGCACGUCUCAAAAUAUUCUGUCCGCGGAAGGUUUGGCAUCUUGCGGGUGAAAGCUUUCCCAUUCCGUUGGCAGGAAUGCUGAAUCCAAACUGGGCUAAUUGAAUCCAGGACUUCAAGUCAUUCCCCGUGUGGCUGAGGCAUGUGAUUGGCUGCGAUUCUAGCUUGAGGCAUAAGUCGGUAAUGGCAUUGGCAGAUCCGUAGCAAGAAAAGGCGGAUAAUGGCAUUGAACUGGACAUGACGGCAGCCAGUCUUUAGGUGUUUUCCUGGAAAAGAAAUGAAUGGGGCUUGGGUUCAGGAAGCAAAGCCCCAACAUUGUUUACAUAAAGUAGACCAUGGGUAUUCCAUAGGCACAGGUACAGUGGUACCUUGGUUCCCAAACAGCUUGGCUCCCAAAUGCCACAAAGUGAGUGUUUCGGUUUGUGAACUUUUUUUGGAAGCUGAAUGUCUGCGGCUUCCAAUUGAGUGCAGGAAGCUCCUGCAGCCAAUCGGAAGCCACACCUUGGUUUUCGAACCGUUUCAGGAGUCGAACGGACUCCCAGGAUGGGUUAAGUUCGAGAACCAAGGUACCACUGUAUUCUCCGCUAUACUUUUAUUCCACAGAGAAGAGUCAAUCCAAAGGGCAGCUGCAGGCUACAGUGGUACCUUGGGUUACAUACGCUUCAGGUUACAGACUCCGCUAACCAAGAAAUAGUACCUCAGGUUAAGAACUUUGCUUCAGGAUGAGAACAGAAAUCGUGCUCCGGCGGUGCGGCAGCAGCGGGAGGCCCCAUUAGCUAAAGUGGUGCUUCAGGUUAAGAACAGUUUCAGGUUCAGAACGGACCUCCAGAACGAAUUAAGUUCUUAACCUGAGGUACCACUGUAGUCCCUUCAAGGCAGGAAUAUGCAACUGUCCCAUGCAGCAGCUAGACUGGCGACUGGGAGUGGCCGCCGAGACCAUAUAACACAGGUCCUGAAAGACCUACAUUGGCUCCCAGUACUGAGGCUUUUCAGCCCCACUGCUUUCUCACUGCAGUCCCUCACAUCCCCCGCAAAAAAAACCUCCACGUGCUCCUGAAGGUUUGAAGGCCCUUGUGGAGCAGUAAAGGUAAAGGUACCCCUGCCCGUACGGGCCAGUCGUGUCCGACUCUAGGGUUGUGCGCCCAUCUCGCUUAAGAGGCCGGGGGCCAGCGCUGUCCGGAGACACUUCCGGGUCACAUGGCCAGCGUGACGAAGCUGCUCUGGCGAGCCGGCACCAGCGCAGCACACGGAAACGCCGUUUACCUUCCCGCUAUAAAGCGGUACCUAUUUAUCUACUUGCACUUUAGGGGUGCUUUCGAACUGCUAGGUGGGCAGGAGCUGGGACCGAAGACGGGAGCUCACCCCGCCGCGGGGAUUUGAACCGCCGACCAAGCGAUUGGCAAGCCCUAGGCGCUGAGGUUUUACCCACAGCGCCACCCGCGUCCCUGUGGAGCAGUAUCAGAGGUGAAAGAGAGGGUCUGCAACUCGAUUGGAGAACAGCUUGCAAUGCAUGAUUCCAGCCCUAAUAUCUUGAACUGUGGGUUGGCACUCACAGCAAUGACAAGAUACAGUUCAGUUGGUUGUAGCCUGGUGCUGAUAGCGCUAAGGUUGCAGGUUCAUCAAUCCUCAUAUGGGACAGCUGCAUAUUCCUGCACUGCAAGGAGUUGGACUCUAGAUGAUCCUCAGAGUCCCUUACAAGUCUAUGAUUCUAUGAUAUGGCUUUUAUCUCUCCACAUUAAAGACUGAUGUAGAUAAGCAAUCGCCAGCUAUUUGCUCACUAAACAUUACGGAUGUGGUAUGUUUUGUGGUGGUUUCUGCUGCCCUAAGAUAGGGCGUGCUCAGCCUAAAAGAAAAUGCAGCCUCCUGAUGUGUGCUCUAGUUGUUAACAGAUUUGCUGCAAGCUUGUUGUCACAAGACGGAUAGCUGGUAAACAUCUCUGGUGCAACCUGAAACAGGGUUUCAAGAUACAGCUACAAGGCAUUGCUGCUAAUAGAGAAUUCAGAUCACAACAUGUGUGGGUCAGGAAUGGCACAAUUAAACUAACACAUUCUCUCGAUUUUAACUAGAGUUAAUCGACCCUUGGGUAUUAUAUUUGACCUCUCUGAAUCCCAAUCUGUUUGAAUUUGCAGAAAACCCCAAUUAAGAAUAAGCAUAAUUGCCUGUAGAAAGUGAAUAUACUUGGUCCAGAGGCUCCAGCAUCGGUCAAAUAUUAGGAACGGAAAAAAGAUUCUGCUAUUUCAUAAGUUAGUAUUCAAGGAGGGUUGGAUCUCUCUAAAAAUAAGGCUUCCCUUAAUUCACUACAAAAUUGCUUGAAACGGCAAUGCGGUUGAGAUCUGAGUUGGCCUUGGAGAUGAAGAUAGUCCUAUGGCAUCUGAAAAAUUGCAAAUUUAUUGCGGUGUAAGUUUUUUUUCUAUUUCAUCAGGUGCAUGAAGUGUUCUGCUUGAUUGACAGAUCACAGGAAGAGAGAAGCCCUGUACAGGCAUUCAGAAGCUGGAGAAAGCAACAUGGGAUGGGGAUGAGGUCUCUGGCUCUGCCACCAUCAUCCCUGUCCCAUGCAUGAGUUUGCCUGUCUGAAGCAGGGAGCCUGCUUCUCCCAGUAUGGGCUUCCCAUGCAAUGGAGAACCCUGAUUUCCCUUGGUUCCCCAUCUUGCAGACACCUGCACGUGUACUGGAGGCUUUCUUGCUUCAGAUAAUCAUCCUGCAAUUUAUGAAGGAGGACAGGGGUGCAUGUGGGUUGAGCUAGUGUGUUCUCUCCAGCUGCUAAACACAUGACGACCGCUGGAAGGAUGCUGCUACAGGAAAGCCAGCAAAUGCAGUGCGAGGAAGACGUUGUAUUAAAAUGCUAUGCAGAGCAUGCGCAAAAGAGAUCCAGUUGAGAGUAGAAGUGCCAAACAAGGUGGGAGUAGCCUGCUCCUGGCUGCUAAUGAAUUUGCAAAGUGAGAUGAAUAGCUUCUUCCCUGUAUGCUAAAGAGGGGCAGUUGCGUUCAGUAGUGAACCUGUCACUCCCAGUCCUUCUUGAGACCAAGUCUGAUAGGAUAGAAUGAGCACAUGAAUUCCAGCUUGGCAGCUUUAAUCUCCCUUUGAAACCUUUUUGCUGAAGUCUGGCAAGUGUCUUGCUGAAUGCCCAGGAAAACCUGAGUUGCUUCUGUGCUGAUUUCUGAGUGUUAGCUGUUUUUAAUGUCUGAUUUGGGUACAUCCAUUCUCUUGUACUGGUAGCCCGGCAACCUACAUGGCAGGAGGGCAUUGCUGGCACACAUCGUCUUAGGAAAGUAGUGGUGGCAUAUAUCAUGUUCAAACAUGUAAGGGUGAAAGGGCCCUUGGUGGUAAGGUUGAGGCCACAUGAUAAGUGUAUCUUGAGUAGAUAUGAGGGCCAGACUUGGCAUUGGGGUUGUUUUAGGGUGGGGGAGGCUAGUUCCUGGGUUAUAUUCCUGAUGAAUGAUGUAGUGCUACUAGUGAGCCAUUGCAUGUGAAGAGUGUGUGUGUGUGUGUGUGUGUGUGUGUGUGUGUGUGUGUGUUUGGGGGGGGGAGUCUGUAAACCAGGCAUAGGCAAACUCAAUCCGCCAGAUGUUUUGGGACUACAACUCCCAUCAUCCCUAGCUAACAGGACCAGUGGUCAGGGAUGAUGGGAAUUGUAGUCUCAAAACAUUUGGAGGGCCAAGUUUGCCUAUGCCUGUUGUAAACAGUCCCAGGCCCUUUCAUCCGCAUAGUGGAAGACUCCUCCCUCAAGGCUGGCUUGUAGAUCCUUGAUGAUGCAUUUGACAAAACCUUCUUUGGGAGCAGUAGCUGGUGAUUUGUGAUGGGACUAUAUGAUUUUUUUUUUUACUAUUAUUUAUUAAAUUUCUAUAUAACACAAACUUUUAGAUUUACUGCAUAAUAACCUCUCUCCUCCCCCCCCCCCAUUCCAUCUCUGCAUACGAGGGCUGGGCAAUAUCUGGUUUUCAACAUUGCAAUAUAUCACCAGCUAAAAACAUCACAAUAUACCGAGCUAUCACGAUGUCUGAAAUGAAGAUGGAGCUAUGUAGAGGCAUUGGCUGGCUUCACGUUUUUCCCUGCAUCAUGGUUUUUGCAUAGCGCGCAAACACACAGCAUGAUAUGUGAUAUAUUGCCAGGUCAAAAAUUAUGAAACCGAUAUCACAAUGUGGACUUGAAACCAGUUUUGCCCAGCCCUACUGUACACUCAAACACACACAGACAGUAACAUGGUAUGUAUCUGAAGUGGCCCCUGGCCCUGUAAAACUUCUGCUAAGAUCCAUUUGUUUAGUCUUUUAAGUUUCCACCAGACUGUUCAGCUUCUAGCUGCCCCAGAUAAAUACAAAGUUGUCUGUUGUUUAGAGGGGAUGUUCCUGUUCUGAUUCAUUUCACCACUCUGAAAUGCCCUUCUUUGGGGCCAUACUGUCAUUUCUAGGGAGUGAAAGCCAGGCUGGUAGGAUGUAGUUUGGGACUUCUUGCAGUUGCGGGGUCAGAGUGCUUUGCCCAGAAGAAAAUAAGUGGGAAGCUUGUUUUUGCUGGCUAAGGGAGGGAGGAGCUGGGCUUCCCCAGACUCAUAGUGCUGAAGGGGCAUUUGGAUUCAUGACCUCUUGCAGAUUGCGGUGUGAAACUUGUUUGUGUGGGACAGAAUUACUUACCAGCAUCCCAGGAGAGAGAUGCUCUGUGCUUUAUCUAAUUGCUGCUGAAGGUAAUGUUGGUUGUUUAUCAGCAGAAAGUGGGAGAUACUUAUGUCUCCAUUAAGCGGCUAAUGUGAAACCUCUGUGGGAUAAGUACCAAUGGCUCCUGCAGUUCUAUCAGAUGCACGGGCUGGUUUUAUAAAAACAGGCCGUGAAAUAAUGCAAGGUAGUCAGCAUUUAACAGCCAGCAAUGAUGCCUUUCAGAGGUGGUUGGACUCCCAUUGUCCUAAUCCACAUGAUCAGGGGCUGAUGGGACUUGGAGUCCCGCAACAUCUGCAAGGCACCAGGUUGGAUACUUCUGAUACUUGUAAGAAUUGUUGCCUGCAAAACUACAACAAAAAGAAUGGAGGACAACGAUGCAAAUCUUUCACUGAGCAAACAGGGAUAGAAGGUGAGAAUGCAAACUCCCGGUUUAACUCUACUGUGAUGUUUGGCGCUUUUUGUGUCUUGAUUACAAUUCUAGCAAUGCCUCCUCUUUGCCGUCACGUGUGCAUACAGUACAUGUGCAGAAGGAGGCAAGUUGUAAUUUGGAAACGUCUGCAAGACCAAAGCUUUUAUGCAUCAGUUUGCAAGAGAGCUUUCUGCGCCACUAUUCACAUCAUAGAUGGAAUCCGACAUAAUGCUAAGUCUCUUGUUCUAUCAUUGAAAGGAUUUCCCUUUGCACAAAAAAAUGUUCCCCCUCCCCUAAUGUGCCCUCUAAAUUUGUUUUAGGGGUUUUCCCAACCCUCUGGAGCAGAUUUUAGGAGGGUGCAGGCCGUGCAUGGGAGCAGGGAGCCCUGUUAUGCGCUGACAGGUUGCAGUUGGUGAAUGUCACUCAGUGUCUUUGAGUCUUCUCUUAUUAUUUUCAUUAAUUAAACUGUUUGGGGUACUGUGACUGUAGGGCAGACCGUGGGACAUUAGGCUAAGCAGCCAACACCUUUGUUAAAGCUUGUAGUUCCUAUAAAGUUCCAUGUGCAACCAGGUUUCUAUGCCUGAAGAAUGCUUUAAAAAGUCACUGAUAGUGUCCUUAUGUCCUUCUGAUGGCAGACGUAAGAGUGUUCCAGAGUGGAUGUUAUAUUUUAUGAAGUCAACUGCAUUGUCAUAAAUCAAAAGUGUAUCACCCAGUAUUGGGAUUAAAUCCUUCACAGUUAUUGCUUGAGAGCUGCUCAGUUCUUUCUCACUUUGGACGGGAGAAGUUAUCUGACAGAUGCUAUUAAAUAAAUGACAGUUUUUUAUGCCACAUUUUGGACCAGCGUGAUGGACAAAAGCAUACAAAAAAACUUCAUGUACACCGUGUGUGAUGUGUGUUUGUGCAUGCAGAUAACAUCCAGGUUGCUGGGAUUGCUGCAAAAUAUUGUAUUGGAAGUUUAGCUGGUGAUUGGUGUGCUGGUUUCAGCUGCAUGUGUUAGGAGUGGGGGUGUGUGUGUGUGGAAGAGUAGUAGUAUUGUACUAAAGCAUAUUGACAGGAAGGAAGCACUUAGACAAUGCACAGUUGUAUUGGGCUUCUUGCUUGGCACUUCUGACCUCUGAUUCACAGGCAAAGCUAGGAGAGCUUCUGGUUUUUGUAGAUUAGUGUAAGACUUCUUUGCUUUUGCACUGGUAAGUCAUUGUGCUGCUAGAGGGGUACAGUCUCAAAGUGCACCAAACGUAGGCAUAAAACAACAACCAGUGAGGAUCACCUCAUUCCUAUUGAAAACUAUGUCAUUUGUAAUUAUGUCACCCAACUUCUACAGGGAUAACUUAUCCUCAGAACCCCAACUUUAACUUGUUCCAACUUUGCACACCAUUCACUGUGCAGAUGCAUUUGAAAGGUUGGUUAAGGACAUGGAAUCCAAGAGAGUUCGUGCUAGGGCUUCCAGGAGAGAACUGCAAGUCCCAAUCUUAAAGUGGGGAGGCUUGCAAAAGCCUUUGUGAGCCUCUCUCUCCCCCCACUUUAUAAUCGGAGGAAGAUUGGGAACUUGGGAGGGGGCUUGCGAAAGCUUUUCUCCUUCCAAGUCCAGUCUUAAAGGCUUCCUUCUCCAGCUUUAAGAUCUGAGCGAACAGGAUUGUGGCUGUCAACCAAAAUAAUGUCACAUGAUUGCCAGGUGAGUGGCUCCUUCCACCUGUUAAUUUUGGCUGGAUAGUCAGGUCCUGAUAAGGAUCUGGGCCGUGGAGCCAAAACUGUUUCCCACCCUCUGGGUUAUCUGAACCCGGGUUUGUGGUUUAGCUCUCCCCAAACAAACUGUGAGCUGCAACUAUGGUUUGUCCUGUGAUUUACUUUGGAAAAUGAAACCCCUAGCAUAGGUUGGGACAACAAGGUAAGCCAAACGGUGACUUAGCACAGCAGCAGAAUGACCAGGCAAGAUCAAAGCAGCUUCAGUCUCUCUUCCAGAAUCCCAUACAGUAGAGUCAUAGAAUUGUAGAGUUGGAAGAGAACAAUACAGGAAUCUUAGCUAAAGUAUCCAUGCAUGACUUAGCAUUAUAUACGAUUGACAACUGUGUGUUCAUGAAGGAACUUGGGUGAGUGACAUUGUGAAAUUAGCCGCCCUUUCAGUUUCGCCAGUGCCAUUGUGGUUGACUUUUCGGGAUAACUAUAGAGUUGUUCUGAUUCUGUUCUCCUUCCUCUCCUUCUGCCAUUCCUGCAGCAGACAUGAGCUGCAGAAAAGCUAAAGGCAAGAGUUUGGUGGCGUUUGAAGAAUAAGGUGACAAUUGAGAUUGGGAGUAGUAAGUAAGGGGUCAAAGAGAGGGAAAGGUGAUGGUUCACGAUGGCUGAGGAUAUCAAGUGAGCUCACCUCAGGGUUCAGCAAACUUUUUCAGCAGGGGGCCGGUCCACUGUCCUUCAGACCAUGUGGUGGAGCAGACUAUAUUUUUGGGGGUGAGGAAUGAACGAAUUCCUAUGCUCCACAAAUAACCCAGAGAUGCAUUUUAAAUAAAAGGACACAUUCUACUCAUGUAAAAGCACCCUGAUUCCUGGACCGUCCGCGGGCCGGAUUGAGAAGGCGACUAGGCCGCAUCCGGCCCCCGGGCCUUAGGUUGCCUACCCGUGGCUCAGCUCAUCCUUGCCUUGCUAUGAUGGGGAGGUAACAAACUGGGGAAGGGCUGUGAUAGAACAUCUGCUUCGCAUGCAGAAGCGCCCAGGUUCAAUCCGCAGCUUCUUCAGAUAGGGCUGAGAGCAGCGUUUGAAAUUCGCCAGGCACAUUUUGCACUUGGGUAUCAGCCACUUGUGUCCACGUGAAGAUGCCUUGGUGCCAGGAUGACGCCUGACGUCUCCACCAUCUGGUGGUGCGUGCCUGGGGACCCUUGGAUCUUGCCUGUUUUCACAUACUAAUACCACAUUUUUAGAGUUCUAUCAGUGAUAUUUUAUCUGCACAAUCAGAAUGAAUUUCACGAACCAAAAAGUUGUAUUGGGAAAAUACGACUUUCGAGCCACCUGGCCCCAAAAUGGCAAAUAGACAUCCUGUUUUGGCGGGUGGUGCUGUGGUCUAAACCACAGAGCCUAGGGCUUGCUGAUCAGAAGGUCAGCGGUUCGAAUCCCCAUGACGGGGUGAGCUCCCGUUUCUCGGUCCCAGCUCCUGCCUACCUAGCAGUUCGAAAGCAUGUCAAAGUGCAAGUAGAUAAAUAGGUACCGUUCCAGCGGGAAGGUAAACGGUGUUUCUGUGUGCUGCUCUGGUUCGCCAGAAGUGACUUAGUCAUGCUGGCCACAUGACCCGGAAGCUGUACGCCGGCUCCCUCGGCCAAUAAAGUGAGAUGAGCGCUGCAACCCCAGAGUCGGCCACAACUGGACCUAAUGGUCAGAGGUCCUUUUACCUUUACCUUUAACCCUCCUUUAAGGAACCAGUGGGCUCCAGGCUUAUAUAUUUGAAUUUCUAACACCGGCUGAGAGAGACUCCUGCCUGAAACCCUCAGAGCUGCUGCCAGUCAGUGUAAACAAUAUUGAAUGAGAACCAGCAUGCCAAGGUUACUGUGAUUUGGGAUGUUUUAACAAAAACUGCCCUUCUUCCCUUAUGGGGUAUCCAAGAGCCCAUAUAGAGUCCUUACGUGGGUUCCCUAUUGGUAGGAGAAAAUAACAGAGGCCAACCAGAGAAUAUUGAGAAGCAAAGCAGCUAGUAAGCCUGAUCUUUAUUGAUCUGUUGCAACUCACAUGCAGGAAAGGAGGAGGACCCAGAACAAAGGUGUGCCUGCCCUUAUAUAAAGGUAAAGGUACCCCUGACCAUUAGGUCCAGUCACGGAUGACUCUGGGGUUGCGUGCUCAUCUCACUCUAUAGGCCAUGGGAGCUGGCAUUUGUCCACAGACACCUUCCAGGUCAUGUGGCCAGCAUGACUAAGCCGCUUCUGGCAGACAUUUUAAAUUCCCUGCCUUGGAGCUCAAGACCACGCAUCCAUACAUCAUUCAUACAUCGCAGAAGGGGUGUAACCCAAGACCUCCCUCCACAAACAUCAUACCCACAUCACAGAGAAGGCGGUCUACAACAGAAAUUUGAGUGUUGUUGUUUUUCCUGUCUGGCAGGUUUUCUGAUAAUGCCUUAACUGAUUGCCUUUCCUGGUGGUCUGCCCAUUCCUUUGAAAUGGUGAUUACCCACUUCCUGAAAUAAUGGGAAAGUUCCCUCACCCCCUCCCUUUUUGCAGAGAAAACAUUUGGUCACUUUGGGAGUCAAAAUGGUUUCAGGAAAGUCUUCCUGUGCUGCUCCAGACAUUGAUACAUUUAUGAACAUUAAUUAUAUACAUAUAUAUGACCUUAAAAUUCUUAUAACAGGGACUAUGUGUGAUGACCAUUCUAAAUACAAAGGUUUCUACAGAGUCCCAUGUGGAGGCAUGCCUUUUGCAAGACCACAGAGUUUUCCCUGCUUGGUGAUAUUAGGCCAUAUUGGAGAGGACUUUUGGGGGCUGAGUGCGCGGGGCGCCGUGCCAGGAUGAAACUGAGCGGCCAUUUAUCAGCCCUGUAGCUGGCGGUUGGGGAAAGGAAGCGGGCAGAGUUAUUUCUUCCUUCUCUUGUUUCUCCUCCCACACACACACCCCUUUGUGAAACGCUGCUCUGAGCUCAGGAUUGGAAGGGCCCCAAGUGGGAGCAGAUACAGGCCAGGCUGCGGACCGUUGCCUCUUGCAAACUUGGCACAGCUUGGGAUUAUUGGUGCCAGCAGGGAAGCGGGCUUUGGAGCGUGGCACAGCAGCUGCCCACUCUGGGGGAUCCCUGAUGGUAAUCCUUCCCUUCCCAAGGGCACUUGGUGGUGUGAGUGUUGGCGAUGAAACGUGCACUGAAUGCUUCUCUUCGCAGGCAGAGAAUAAACCGGCGGCGGGGGUCUGCUGCCAAUCAAAGCCAUGUGACUGCAGCAUCCUUGUCAUGCUGUUCUGCCUGUGGCAGGUGACUGCAUACUGUGUCUUGAGCUUUGUCCUCCAGUGCACCAUAACUCAGUACUUCACCAGCUGCUGUGCAGUCAAAUAUAGUAUUGGAUCCUUCCAAAACGCAGGUCUCUGUAAUCACAGAAUUGUAGAGUUGGAAAAGGACCCUAAGGAUCCUCUAGUCCAACCCCCUGCAAUGGAGGAAUCUCCAGGACAGAUGACCAUCCAACCUCUGCUAUAAAAUUUCAACUGUCUUAUCCCAUGUGCAUUCAUCCAUCAGGUCCCCACCUCUGCCAGUGGCUGUUUCUCAUUGAACUAUACACAGAGGUCAAAAUUGCCAGUUACGGUAUUUUUCGCUCUAUAAAACGCACCUUUUCCCUCCUAAAAGGUAAAGGGAAAUGUGUAUGUGUGUCUUAUGGAAUGAAUGCAGGCUGCACAGCUAUCCCAGAAGCUAGAGGGAGCACUGCACAGUGAUCCCUCUUGCUGUUCUAGCUUCUGGCUUAGCUGCGCGAAUCCUCUUCAGGGCACGGGGAGCCUUCAUCCCGCUGCCCUGAGGAGGCUUCACACGGCUAUCCCAGAAGCCAGAACAGGGAGAGGGAUCGCUGCGCAGCGCUCCCUCUUGCUGUUCUAGCUUCUGGCUUAACCCCUCAGUCCCUUCCCCCACCUCCUGGAAAAGCCCCCAAGAGCCACGCGGAGCGUGUGUGCGGCUUCCCGAGAAGGGAGAAAAGCCUGCAAGCACCACACACAUGCUCCACACGGCUCGUGAAAGGGAGCACUGAGCAGAGCCAGUGUGGUGUAGUGGUUAAGAGCGGUAGUCUUCCAGUUUGGGGAACCAGGUUCUCAUCUCCGCUCCUCCACGUGCAGCUGCUGGGUGACUAAGGAGUCUCAAAGCAGCUAACAUUCUCCUUUCCCUUCCUUCCCCACAACAAACACUCUGUGAGGUGAGUGAGGCUGAGAGACUUAAGAGAAGUGUGACUAGCCCAAGGUCACCCAGCAGCUGCAUGUGGAGGAGCGGGGAAGCGAACCCAGUUCCCCAGAUUACGAGACUACCGCUCUUAACCACUACACCACAUAUUGCUAUCAUAUUUUGACCACUGCUUCAGUAUAGACUAAGCAACCUCUCCUGCACAGAAAAAACAACAACAGCAACAGAGAGCAUGGGUUAAAAGAUGGUGCUGGUACAUUUUAUAUUUGGUUCAUUACCAAAUUUAAAGUGUGAUCAAAAGGCUCUGUGUGUUUCUGCCCCCCGCCCUUCAAAAUACCUUUCAUCAAAACUUUUUCACAAUGCUGUAUUAAUUCAUGUUUUUAUUCUAAAUUGCAUACUCUAGAUUGUCAGUUACUAGCCUAUGGAAUAAUCAUUGUCUCCUUGAAAUGCUUUUUACAGAAGCAGAUAAACUCACCCCUUAAUAUAUAUUUUUUUAAAAACCUACCACUGAGAUUGGAUCCUUUUCUCUUUUUUUAAGGCUAUUCAAACUGGUGGAGGGGGAGGAAGUGAAUUGUGCGAUUUAGAUCAGAGGAAGCUAUGACAAGAUUACAGGUUCUUGGUGUCUGCUGUAGAUAGCUUGGAGGGUUGUUGGUUUUUUUUGCUCCCGAAGCAUGAAAAUAUCACACUGAGCAAGGCCUGCCUUUGUUCUUCUGUCCUUUCAAGUUAAAGGUCUUGCUUGCCACAGAAGGCUCUCUCUGUUAACAAACACUUGCUGUUUGUUUGCCAUUGGACUUAUGGGUCUUGUGGGGGGGGGGCUUUUAUUCCCCUGUGUGACCUUGCAAACCUUACAGCCUCUCAUUUGACUUUCCACAUAAUCAGAGCUAGGCCUUUUUUUGCUGUCAAGUGACAUUGUAUGGCUAUGUGCUUUGAUGGUCUGCGCCUCUCUUCACCCCUGUGUUCCAGCGCUGGUUUGAACCUGCUGAUGGGAUCCUCUGAUCUUAACCCAGUCUGACAAAGCAUCCUUCUAUCCCGUGGGUGGAAGAGAGGCCUCUUGACAGCGGCUAGGAAUAGGCCUGGAAAAACUCUUCUGUGCCUGAAGCACUCCUUGCAACUCUUUAAAAAACAAAAACCCUCUCCCAUUUUUUUGGGGGGGGGUGUUUCGUGUUUGGCCCCUCUCCCCCACAAGACCCUUACUGUUUCCAGGCUGGGUUGAUGAAAAGCAGCCCCACACAGCAGCUUCUGAAGUGAGUGGGCUCAAUAAAGCUUUAUUGAGGGAAACAGCGUGGGAGACUGCAUUGAUGUGUCAGUUCAUACAUUUCCCCUUCUCUGCCAUCAUAAUUCCGUACAGCUUAUAUGUGUGUAGCCAUUUGUGUAUGUAUAAAAGGUAAAGGACCCCUGACCAUUAUGUCCAGUCGUGACCGACUCUGGAGUUGCGGCGCUCAUCUCGCUUUAUUGGCUGAGGGAGCCAGCGUACAGCUUCCGGGUCAUGUGGCUAGCAUGACUAAGCCGCUUCUGGCGAACCAGAGCAGCGCACGGAAAUGCCGUUUACCUUCCCACUGGAGCGGUACCUAUUUAUCUACUUGCACUUUGACGUGCUUUCAAACUGCUAGGUUGGCAGGAGCUGGGACCGAGCAACGGGAGCUCGCCCCGUCGUGGAGAUUCGAACCGCCAACCUUCCAAUCGACAAGUCCUAGGCUCUGUGGUUUAACCCACCGCGCCACCCGUGUCCCUUGUGUAUGUAUACGUAUGCAAAAUAUUUCUUCCUGGGUUUACUGUUCUCUUAUAACUGCCUAGAAUUUCAAUUAAUUCCAUACACUGUAGUCAGGGAUUGAAAUUAGCCAGGAGCCAGGCACAUUUUGAGACCAAAUGAAGAUGUCUGGGCGCUAGGAUGGAGCCUGACAUCUCCGCCACCUGGAGGUGCAUGGGGAUCAUUGGAUCUUGCCUGUUUUCACACACCAAUACCACAUCCUGUACAAUUCUAUCAGUUAUCUUUUUUCUCUGCAACAUCAGAAUUAAUUCCUGGAACCAAAAUGCUUUUUCUGUGCAGCCUGAGCAGGAGCAGUUAUAACAACGUUAUAAUUAAUGGUUGUACAGUGGUGCCCCGCAAUACGAAUGCCUCGCAAGACGGAAAACCCGCUAGACGAAAGGGUUUUCCGUUUUGGAGGUGCUUCGCAAAACGAAUUUCCUAUGUGCUUGCUUCGCAAGACGAAAAUGUCUUGCGAGUUCCUGCGGGGUUUUUUUCCUUUCCCCCCUUUCUCCCAAGCCGCUAAACCGCUUAUCAGCUGAUCGGCUAAGCCGCUUAACAGCUGAUCGGCUAAGCCGCUUAACAGCUGAUCGCUAAGCCGCUUAUCAGCUGAUUGUUAAGCCGCUUAACAGCUGAUCGCUAAGCUGCUUAUCAGCUGAUCGCUAAGCCGCUAAUACUGUAGCGCUAAGCCGCUAAACCGCUAAUGGGCUUGCUUCGCAAGACGAAAAAACCCGCAAGACGAAGAGACUCGCGGAACGGAUUCUUUUCGUCUUGCGAGGCACCACUGUAGCUUGUCUCCACUUACCCCACCCCAGAGCCCUGCUCACGGUUCUGAAGAAUAUUACUACAUUAUGAAUCAUCUGUGUCAACAUUAAGAAAAAGAGCUUGGUAUAUGCCAAUAUCUAUGUGGACUGUCCCUGGGGAUCAAGUGACUUUUCUUCUUUUAAGUUCUCAAAGUUCUUAACCUAGCUCAAGGUUGUUAUCUGAACCAGCCAGGUGUUUAACUGAUAACCAGUCACAGUCCAUCAUUUGAAAAAUAAGACUUGAGAGCCAUUUUGCCCCAAAAUGGCAACUAUACAUUCCAUUUUGGCGACUGUGGCCUUGGUUUAAGGAGCCAUUUGGCACCUAGCUUAUAGAUCUGAGUUUCUAACACUGAAUGUAGUUAACCACUUCACAGGCAGUUACACUUAUGAGUUGUGAAUUGGGAAGUCUCCGUUCAAAUCUCUGGUCAGCUUUCAUGGUCUGAGGUGAACCAUCAUUUUCUCUGCCUCAGUCCUCUCCGCCUCCCAUCUGAAGUAAGGAAGAAAAUAAUAAUAAUGGUGUACAUUAGAAAGUGGUGGUUAUAAGAAUUGCUGAUAGCGAAUGCAAGUGAGUUUCGGUGAGAGCGUUGGUUAUGGGGUAGUCUAGAAGCACUGGGAAUAAAUAUGUGAAGAGCUUUGUACAUUUUGUGGAGGGCAGAGACUGCUUUGCAGAUCAAAUUGUUUUGUUAAAAGUAUGUCAGGCAGCCCCUUGGGGGAGCAUACUCCAGAAGUUCCCGGCAUAAAUAUUAAACUGAUGACGAGAUGAGAAAUACAAGGGUUUCCUGCAAGCACCUGUAGGGAGAAGAAGCACUAGCCUAGAAAUGGAAUGAAUUAGUACCACCAGGAAGUGGCUAAAAAAGGUAAAGGACCCCUGACAGUUAAGUCCAGUUGCGAACGGCUCUGGGUUUGCGGCGCUCAUCUCGCUUUACUGGCUGAGGGAGCCGGCGUUUGUCCGCAGACAGUUUUUCCGGGUCAUGUGGCCAGCGUGACUAAGCCGCUUCUGGCAAAACCAGAGCAGCACACAGAAACCCCGUUUACCUUUCUGCCGGAGCGGUACCUAUUGGUCUACUUGCACUUUGACGUGCUUUCGAACUGCUAGGUUGGUAGGAGCAGGGACCGAGCAACAGGAACUCACUCCGUCACGGGGAUUCGAACCACCAACCUUCUGAUCGGCAAGCCCUAGGCUCAGUGGUUUAGACACCAGCUGCUUUACAAGGUGGCCUAGGAAAAAAUGUUAAGCAAUGGAAGAAUCAUAUGAGCUAUAUAAAUCUCACAAUGAUAAAAACCAAGGCUAAAAGGCCUUUUAAAAAAAUCAGCAUUCAUUAAUUCAUAAUUGUAUUUGUAUGCCACUUUUCCAUGCCAAAAUAAAAAUAAAAAUCAUGCACAAAGUGGCUUACAACAAAGAACAGGGAUGCAACUGCAAAAACAGAACAAAAAAAUUGUUAACAACAUAGUGAAACAACAACACAAUAGCAAGUAUAACAUACAGAAAACAAUGUUUCAGUGCAAUAAAUAACAGCAAAGAUUAACAACAAAAUAGCAAAAAAUAACAAAUGGCAAAAUAACAAAGGAGCGUGUUGGUUUCACCUUGGUCCUAGAAAUGUUGCUUACGGUCCCUCUCCUGCAGCAACUUGCAAGCCUUCCAAAGACGGGGGGGUGGGAGCUGGAAAUCCCCUUCCCAUGGUGUUAUUAUGCCAGCAAAUGAAGAUAAAAAAAAUAAUAAUAAUCCAAAUCAAAAGCAUGCUUGAACAUGCAGAGAGAAGUAUUUGUUGAGUUUCUUCAGGGAGAGAGGUCUGUAGUCCAGGGGCCACUGCAAAGUAGGUCCUGUCUCUGGUGCUCUCCAAAUCGGUCUGCUUCAGCAGGAGACGAGAGCCGGGCUUGGGAGAAAGGUCUUUAAUACUUCAAAGGUUAGUAUAGGUGUAGGCAGUAGAUAAUGGGGUCCUAGGUCAAGCAGAGCGCGGUUGGGGGAGCUGUGGCUUAUCAGAUGUUGUUGGCAUACAAAUCACCUUGUCUCUGACCACUAGACAUGCUGGCUUGGAGCUGGGAGUCCAACAACAUCUGGAGAGCCACAGAUUCCCCACACCUGGUUUAGGACUUCAACAACAGCAUCUUAAAAUGAGCACAGAAGCAAAUCUCUUAACAGUGAGCACAUUCGGAUGUGGGUGUUAUUUGAGUUCAUUUUCCCGGUGAGAAACUGGGGCAGAAGUGCUGGCAUUAUAAUGUUCUUUUUAAUGGCAAAGUACCUUUUGCAUUACAGAACUGCGGCUUUUGGAUUGAUGCAGCGCUGUGUUACAGUAAAUUUCAUUUGCACCAGCAGGCGUGGUGUAAGAUACAACAGAAGGUAUCGUCAGCACCCUUCUUAUGCCUGUGCAAUUACCGUAUUUUUUGCUCUAUAAGACUCACUUUUUCCCUCCUAAAAAGUAAGGGGAAAUGUGUGUGCGUCUUAUGGAGCGAAUGCAGGCUGCACAGCUAUCCCAGAAGUCAGAACAGCAAGAGGGAUUGUUGCUUUCACUGCACAGCGAUCCCUCUUGUUGUUCUGGCUUCUGAGAUUUAGAAUAUUUUUUUUCUUGUUUUCCUCCUCCAAAAACUAGGUGUGUCUUGUGGUCUGGUGCGUCUUAUAGAGCGAAAAAUACGGUAAUUCUGUCCAUCCCCCCUCCCCAAAAAUACCCAGGGGGAGAAACUUGCAUGCCUGGAGUGCUGCCCCAAAUUUCGUCCUGUGAUUUUCUGGGUUAACAGGGUUGCCACGUGGAUUUUUUUUUCCUUCCUGGAAGCAAUUUACAUGGAAAUGAGUGCUGAACUUCCGCUAGAGUUCCAGAAAUGGUUUGUAUGUUGUGUGAAAGAUCACAUGGAAAGUAUCAUAUAGGCAGACACCAGGAAAACAGAAGAAAUGUCUGAAUCCAGCCAUUGUCACUAGUACAGGGUGAGUGAGUGUUUUAUGAUCGAAGUCCACAACCCCAGAGUUGUCCACGACUGGACCUUACGGUCAGGGAUCCCUUUACCUUUACCUUGUUUCUACUGACAUCCUACUUGGUAGCAUUUGUCCCUAGGAUGGCUGUCUCGCUGUGUCAUGUGCUGUGCUCCUGAGGUAUUUGUUGCCAGCUAGAAAUAAUCACACACGGGUGGCGCUGUGGGUUAAACCACAGAGCCUAGGACUUGCCGAUCUGAAGGUCGGUGGUUCGAAUCCCCACGACAGGGUGAGCUCCCGUUGCUUGGUCCCUUCUCCUGCCAGCCUAGCAGUUCGAAAGCACUCAGUGCAAAUAAAUAAAUAGGUACCGCUCUGGUGGGAAGGUAAACGGCGUUUCCGUGCGCUGCUCUGGUACACCAGAAGCGGCUUAGUCAUGCUGGCCACAUGACCCAGAAGCUGUACGCCGGCUCCCUUGGCCAGUAAAGCGAGAUGAGCGCCGCAACCCCAGAGUGUGUCACGAUUGGACCUAAUGGUCAGGGGUCCCUUUACCUUUAGGGCAAAAAUAAUCAGACAGGACUUUGCCGCUUUCCCUAGGAAGCUUGUGGGAGAGGCAGGGUGCUCCAAAUGCCAUCACUCACAGUCCUUGCAGAACUCUCCAUUUUGGAAUAGCCCUCAAUGAGCUCCCCCACUUUCUCCAGACUCCCUCCUAGUUUCUCUACGGUUAUCUCUUUGCUUCUGGCCGAAUUGCCAUCCGGCUCUGGAACCAGCUAGUACCACGUUUCCACCCUGUUGUGGUGUGUGGCAAGGAGGGGAGAAACAGAACUGGGCUUUUGGCCGUCUCGCUUUGUUUCAGAAGUUAUCUGCACGGAAGGUUAAGGCUGUUCAGACCUAAACUUGGCCACUUGCAGGGAGAAGGGUGAAAUGAGAAGCAGCAUUCAUGGGUUUCUGAGUCAUGGGCCAUGAGACAGUUCUGACCCCUUUCUCCAGGAAAUGGUUUGUUUGCUAUUUAGGAGGCUAUUGCUGGCCUGAACUGCUGCACAGCUGUGUUUUAUCAUGACCGAGAAUCUUAAACAGAGAGCAGGGGCAGCAUAUUAGCAAAGUGCUCAUCGAGCAUAUAUCUCAGUCUUUGGCUGCCCACAUUAAAUCACAUUACCCAAAAUUUAUGUUUCAGAUGUGCAUUUUUCUGCAUGAUGUGGGGCACUGUGUCUAAGCUGCCCUGAGUAUUUGUUCUGCUGAAGAGCUUUUUAGGGCUGGGUGGCUAUAGAAUAGGGGUCAGCAAACUUUUUCAGCAGGGGGCCGGUCCACUGUCCCACAGACCUUGUGGGGGGCCAGACUAUUUUUUUGGGGGGGGGGAACAAACAAAUUCCAAUGCCCCACAAAUAACACAGAGAUGCAUUUUAAAUAACAGGACACAUUCUACUCAUGUAAAAACACCAGACAGGCCCCACAAAUAACCCACAGAUACAUUUUAAAUAAAAGGACACAUUCUACUCUUGUGAAAACACUCUGACUGUCCACGAGCUGGAUUUAGAAGGCGAUUGGGCCGGAUCUGGCCCCCGGGCCUUAGUUUGCCUACCCAUGCUAUAGAAGCUGAGUGAAUUAGCAUGCUUGCUCAAUUCAAGUGCAAUCUUUGGGAUUUUCACAGAUUUUGGAUGCGUUAAGCAAUUAUUGUAGCAAUAGAUAAGACUGUGCAAGCUUCAAACGAAGUAGGAAAAGUAGAGGCAAGAAGUGAUUUUUUUUUUACCUGCUGAAAUGUUUCUGUUUCAAAAAAACGCAUUGUUGCACAAAAUUAAUUUGUGGCAUAACGGAUGUAUACAACACCAGUCAAGCUAGGAAAUUUCAAUGCUACAAUUUAGUAUAUAUAUUUUUCAGGUGACUCUACCAUGGAAGCAUUCUUUCAUAUAUCAUCUGAAUGCUCACUUUUGGGGGCAUGCAGAAAUUAAUUUUCAGGGCCUCAUUUUUCUCCUUGAAAAUCCGAACAAUUUAAAGGACGCAUAAGCUGUUUGCUUGUUGUGUAUUAAAAGGUUUUACAUUGGGCGGGGAUACAAUCCAUCUAAGUUGUUGCAUGUGUGAAACGAGGUCCACUUGCACAAUAGGGGUUUCCCUCCCUCUCCUUCCCCUGUGCCCCCAAAUCUACUCCGCAGGGUUGGGGGAUAACAGAUUAGAAUAGAUUUAGGGGAUACGUGGGGAAAGAGAACAUGAAAAGUCUCAUUGUAUGCCUGGACUUCAUUCCCCAUUCACAUACCCCACUUAAAAUUAUGUCAAAUUCCACCCGUUUCAGCAAAAAGCAGUUUGCAUGACAUGCUUUUAAAAGGUUAUGUUUGUGAAAUACAAGUUGGCUCAGUCUGUAGAGCAGGAGACUCUUAAUCUCAGGGUUGUGAGUUCAAUCCCCAUGUCAGGCAAAAGGUCCCUGCAUUGCUAGAUGGCCCUUGUGGUCCUAUCGAACUCUUAUGAUUCUUAAGUCAAGUAUGCUGAAUCAGUUUACAGUCACUGGAAAAUUUUCUGGAAAAGCUUCUGCUUUCAACAUUUCCCAGAAAAAUCAACAUCACUGGUGAGAGGUAUGAAGGUCCAGAGCAGGCAUGGGGAGAACUUUGGCCCUCCAGAUUUUGCUGGACUAAAACCCUUUUUAAAAAAAAAGUUAUGGAUGUGUUUGCCGCCCUGGGCUCCUCUGGGAGGAAGGGCGGGAUAUAACUUGAAUAAAUAAAACUCCCAUUGUCCCUGGCCAUUGGCCAUGCUUGCUGGGGCCGAUGGGAAUUGUGGUUUAGCAAUAUCUGGAGGGCCAAAGGUUCCCCUCAAGUGGUCUACAGUUCAUGCUGCAGAUGCCAUGGGAUAAUGCUUAAUAUCACGGGUAGGCAAACUAAGGCCCAGGGGCCGGAUCCGGCCCAGUCGCCUUCUAAAUCCGGCCCACGGACGGUCCGGGAAUCAGCAUGUUUUUACCUGAGUAGAAUGUGUGCUUUUAUUUAAAAUGCAUCUCUAGGUUAUUUGUGGGGCAUAGGAAUUCGUUCAUUUCUCCGCCCAAAAAAUAUAGUCUGGCCCCUCACAAGGUCUGAGGGACAGUGGACCGGCCCCCUGCUGGAAAAGUUUGCUGACCCCUGCUUAAUAUGGUCCUAAGGCAAGUGUCAAAGUUCUUAUUACUGAAGCUAAGCAUUGAGCUACCUAGAUGGAGAACUAUAAGGUAUGCUUUGGAGGAAGAAUAUUGGUGUAAAUGCAAUUAUAAUAAUAGUUUUAUUGGGGCAAUUGGAAGAGGGCAAGGGAAGCAAUGAGGGUCCCAACAUAUAUGGAGAAGGGGGGAUUUUCCUUUCGCCUUUCCAAGCAGCUUGGCAGAUGGGAGAAGGGGAGCCGAGUGUAUUAGCUUCCGCCUGCUAAGCAGCUGUGCCCUGGACAGCUGCAAUCCAUUUGACAUGAACUAUAGGUCCACCUCUUAAAGCCCAAAGCAUAGGAGUGUUCCCUUGGGCCCAGCCAACUCUGGGGGUCUGCCUGUCAGGUUGUGCCCUUCCACAACAACCGUUUGCAUUGCAAAUCGGCGUUUGUUGCACAAGUGGACGACUGACUACUGAGCAAUUAAAACGCACGCAUAGAAUUGCAUCUGGAGUGUGUGCUGGUGCAGAAUAUCUACAAGAAGUUUGCAACUUGUAUAGUAAUCACUCCUAGUCAGUUCUGGCAAAACUCUAUUCUAACUUCAGGGGGUCAGCUUUGACAUAUAACCUGCACUGCAUAGAGAAGAAAACACACAGGGUGCAUGAAGUGCUAAAGGGAGACUCUGAGUGGAAUUCUGAGCAGCUUUCUCUUGAGUAAUGUAUUAUUCUGUGUCAUUAUACAUGGUGGCUGCAGUUUCGUGCCAUCUUUACAAGGUGGUCAGGAAAGAAAAACCUCUAGUAAAUUAGGGUUAUUGGCAUCCUGAUAUGAUGCAGUUAUCCUGGAUUUUUGGCCACAGCUAUUUUGCAAACCACUGGGCUAUACCGUAUUUUUCGCCCUAUAGGACGCACUUUUCCCCCUCCAAAAAUGAAGGGGAAAUCUGGGUGCGUCCUAUGGGGCGGAUGCAGGCUUUGGCUGAAGCUUGGAGAGCGAGAGGGGUCGGUGCGCACCAACCCCUCUCGCUCUCCAGGCUUCAGGAACACAUCCGCAGCCUAAGCAGCCCUGCGGGAGUUCCCGCAGGGCUGUCUAGGCUGUGGAUAGCAGCCUGCUUCCCGGAGCGUCGGGCGCCCUGAAAGCAGAGCGCCCGGCGCUUCGGGAACACAUCCGCAGCCUAGGCAGCCCUGCGGGAGGUCCCGCAGGGCUGUCUAGGCUGCGGAUAGCAGCCUGCUUCCCGGCGCGCCGGGCGCCCUGAAAGCAGAGCGCCCGGCGCUUCGGGAACACAUCCGCAGCGUGGGAAGCCCUGCAGGAGUUCCCCGCAGGGCUCCCCAUGCUGCGGAUAGCAGCCUGCCGCCCGGCGGGCGAGGUACCCUGAAGCAGAGCGCCCCUCGCGCCGGGCAGACAUCGGCCAGCCCCACAAGCUUGGGGGACAGCAGGGAGGCGCAGCGCCGCCAUCCCGCUGUUCCUCGACCUUGUUCGGUUUCCCUGACCUGCUUUUGGGGGGGAAAUAAAGGAAAAAAUUUUUUUCUUUAUUUCCCCCCCAAAAAACUAGGUCUUUCAAUCUGCAGGUGUCCUCAGAGGCUAGCUACGCCAUGCCAAUUGUCGUACCCACCAAUAUUUCGUGGCAAAAUGUGUCUGUUCUACACUUUUAUGUUGUGCCAAACGCAUCUUCUCUUUCAUGCAUGAGAAACCUCUUCUAGGAUGUAUUUUAUAGGCAAACUGCCUAUAAAUUGAAAACUGCCCUGAGGUUGCCCUGAGUGCGUGUUGCAUUAGUCUUAACCUAGGAAAUGGCAAAUAUGCCCAGGGGAUUCAUGUCUCUCACCUGUUGUCUCUGAAGUCACAAUGCACUUCCUUUCACAUGGAUAAAUCCCAGUUAAGUGGCAAUCAAUCAUGACCCAUCACAAUAGAUCUCAUUAUAAUGCGCACAAUGUGUGCAUAUAGUUUGGUUGUUACGUUCAGGUUCUAGAUUGUGUCUAUAUUUUCUGAAUGUAACCACCAAGUAAAAAAUUAUUAUUAAAAUAAACCAAACACCUGACAUUCAAUUCCUGAUUGGCCAAGAGAGACCCAAAGGAAAAUACAGUGGUACCUCAGGUUAAGUACUUAAUUCGUUCCGGAGGUCUGUUCUUAACCUGAAGCACCACUUUAGCUAAUGGGGCCUCCUGCUGCCGCCGUACCGCUGGAGCACGAUUUCUGUUUUCAUCCUGGAGCAAAGUUCUUAACCCGAGGUAAUAUUUCUGGGUUAGUGGAGUCUGUAACCUGAAGCGUAUGUAACCUGAGGUACCGCUGUAUCACUUUUCAUUGUCUCUUUUUGGAAAGGAGAAGGUUUUUCCUCUCUCUCACUCUCUCUCUCUCUGUGUGAGUUAGAAAUCACCCAUCUGGGGGAAAAUGCUGUCUAUCAUGGACCAAUCCAGUUGUGGAUAUAUGAAUGCUGAUUCAUACAUUCUAGAAACUUUACGGCUGGUUCAGCAAAUGACCAUCAAUGUAGAGACAGAGCAGAAAAUUAGAAUUUAUGUGCCUCGCUUGCUCUGCUUUCUUUCCUAAGCUGUGUUCAUUGAUGUCUGUCUGUCUGUCUCCGUCUCCAUCUCCAUGUUUACCAAUACAAAUAUCUCUUUCAGUUAAAAGCUUGAGACGAGUGUAAUACUGCAAGUUCAACUCCUAACCCCACAUGGUAAAAUAAUCUUACUGGCCUGGAAAGCAAGGACCACAACAGUAGAGAGUGAAGUCUGUUGGUGUGGGGGCCCUUCUGAAUUAUUUCUUCCAAAGGAAAUUCAUACACUGGAAGCUACAUUGUAAUAGCCAUUUAGAGAUCUAAUUCUAUUUGCGGCAUAUUACGGAGGAUUAGAUUAGUCAAUACCUACCAACCACAGAAGCCUGAAACUUUCAGGUGAGGAGGUUUGUGAUGGAAGAAGCUAUAUUUGUCUAUAUAAGUUCUCAGAAGUUGCCUGCCAGCCCACACGUCUUCAAAAAAUAGUCAUUUAUAGCACAUCAAAAUCACCUGCAAGGGAAUAGAACAGCCAAGUCUCCUUUUUCUGCUUGGUUGCUUGGAAACCAUUCUAAUUUCCUACAGACAAUUGGGGGAUUGGCUGUUUAUAAACAUGGCAUAAUGAUUUUAAUGCUUGACUGCUAAGACACAGAAAAGGCUGUAGUUCUCUGUGCUGUUUAGUUAUUCCAAAAGCUGCUGGUGUAUUUAGACGAUUGUUUUAACCACUUCCAUCAGAUAAUGGUAGGCUUCCACUCAACACCCCCUCUCCACCCCCAACAUACUCAUUUUUAGAAGGGGUCAGAUUCUGUGUUGGCGAGUGUGAGGGAGCUUUAGCUGGCUAGUACAGAAAUAAAUAGCGUAGGUUAAUUUGCAUAGGUUAUUUUCAGUUUGCCACCCUUCCACUAAGGAAUAUUAAACAUGAGGAUUAUCCUACUUUAUCUUCACAACAGGUGAGGUGAGGUAGGGUAAGCUAGGCUAUGCAAUUGUGAUUCGUGCCCACGAACACUCAGCAACCUUAAUGGUAGAGUAGAAAUGCAAGCCAGGCUGCAGAUGAAAAGUCGAGAGAGAGAAAGAGUGAGCUUGAUGCUUGUUCUUAGGUACUAGAAUGGAGUCACCCUUGACAUACCAUUUUCAUUUUCAUAAUUUGCAUUAUUUACCCACCCGCCCCCGUCCCAAAUCCUGAGUAUAUUCCUGGCAGUGGGUGUCUAGAGAUAAUGAAGAUUAAUUCACUGGGCUUUGUACCAAGCACCCUCAAUUUAUACCAGGCUCCUGGGUGCAUGAUUUAAACAUUCACAGUUCAAAAGAAAAUGCUCUGCCUAAUAUGCUUUUGUUCCAAGAAUCUAGGAACCAAAGUAUCAAAAGAUGUUUGUUCAGGCAGAUAUCCUAAUAUGUGGCAGGUUCAAUGUGCAAAAGCCACUGUGUUCCUGGAAGGUUGGAAAACAAGAGGGCUUCAAUGCUGUUGAGGAAGCAAUGGAAACUAAAAGUUUCAAAGACCAGCCUUCCCCCCAGGUCUGUUGCUCAGGCACAUAGCCUGUCAAUAGCUUUGCCGUUCAGAAUUUUAUUGAGUCAACCUUGAGCCAGGUUGAAGUCUGUUCCAGGCAGUGCUGUGGAUAAUUUCUCAGAAAGCGCCUUUGGGGGAAGAAGGAGGCAUUGGCAGCUGUGUCCACAUCCUCCUAACUGAGGGUACUUCCAUUCAUCCCUUGACCUCAGAGUGAUCUUUGACCAAGUAACUUAAUUAACUCUGUGCCUUAGUUGUUCCCCUUUCAAAUGCAUUGCCCUGCUUUAUGAAGAUAAUGCACAAGGAUAUGCAUGUUUUCAGAUGCAGGGUGCAGAAAGUGUGGUCUGGAGAAGAAACUAAGGUGCUGUAGACAAGAUUGGCAGUGGGAACUACAGUUUUCAAAACACCACUUUGAAAACGUAAGCUGAGAGUGUUCCCUAACCUGCACAAUUCCUCCUUGAUUGCUUCACUGUGUGUAAAUAGGAGAAGACAGAGCUGCUUACUUGCACAGAGCUUCUUUGUCAUGGGAAUCACUUGAAAAGUUGAGGGUAUCUACUGUUUUGUUGAUUGUACAAGUAAUUCAGCUUGGUAAUAUCCUGUUCACACUUUUCCACCUGCCGAGCAUUGAUAUGGUGGUGAAUGGCAUGCUACUCAUUAAAGUGUGUUGGAUUUUGAUGUUGACUGAAAACAGCAAUCUGUCACCACAUUUACCAUUUGUUCCUUUGCUCAUUGGUUAGCAGUCUUUUUGGAACGUGAUACAGUAGAAAGACAUGGCUUCACUGAUCCUGUGAACUGCCUGAUGUCAUCCCUGGUGUUUUGUGAUCCUUUUCUUCAUAUAGAAGCACACAACUGCCCAAUUGUAUCAUUUCCUCUUCUAGGAACCACAGCUUAUCUCUUUCAGAACUGAUUUGAAGUAACAAUAUAAAGGAGUAAGGUGAGGUCAACAGGGUUUUGUGCUGAAAUCUUAAACACCAGGAGAUACCACCCCUCCACCCAAAUUGUUCCUUAAUCCUAAGGUGAUUGUGGGUGUUGCACAACAACUGGGAAUUUAGUUUAUGUAGAUCAAUGCACACCUUUCUUAUUUACUCUCAGAGGCCUUGUGAAACUGUUCCAAGCAUCCCUUCCUGAAGUGCUGAUUCAGUAGAGUAGCGAUUGCCAGCACCAGUAUGGAAUGCUCUGCAAUAGCCAAAACCAGGCGCUGCAGCCUUCAAACAGCUUGACUUCACCUCCAAAGGCACACUCUUCUAUUGUCUCCCCAGACAGACGGAUGCUCCAAGCCAAAGGAUGCCCAGGUGAUCUCCACCAGUGCCAUACCUGGCUUAAGUUAAUGCUUCAUGUUUAGGAACCAGCUGAGUAUCUCAUCCAGGUCUGCAGGCAGUGUGUGGUAAGGGCCAUAGAUAUUGCCCCAUCUGCAUGAUGUUGGGCCUUCAACUAUUACAGCAACGCCAUGGAUUGUAACCACAGGAAAGCUACUCUCACACCAUGGUUUUAAAAGGAAUGUGGGUCUAGGAGGUGGGGAGGGCAGGAUCCUGUUGGAGGGAGGAAAUGAGAACAAAAGGGAGAACCAAACAGCUCUGUGGAGAUGUAGAGAAGGCAGGGGGAAGCUUUGCUUCAUGGUUCCAAGGCAUGAGCAGGCAUUCGGUCAUCCUAAUGAAAAGGCCACUGUGUGCUCUGGGAUGGGAUAGGAGAGGCUAAAUAACAAAGCAGCUCUCUGAGGAAAAUAUGGCUUGUGUUUUAUUCUUUGAGCUCGCUUAGCACGGAAGCCUUGCAUAUGCAACACAUUAAGAUGAGGCAAGCUCUGCGCCAUAUUGAGAGCAGUCCAUAGUUUGAAUUACCCGAUAAAAAAUACUUUCCCGUUGAGGAUAUUGAUAUAUUUGCUAUGGCUAUAUCAAAUAAAACUGAGCUUGCAAUGUGCCUUCUAACAGAGCGGUCAGACUUAGAUUCCCAUAUCCAUACUGGGCAGAGUGUUUUGCAGUCCUUGUUCCACAUUCUAAUUGAUGUAUAUGGUAAGUGGCCUUGGUUUCUCAUAACUGGAUUCUUAUUUUAUAGGUGUUCUAUCUUGUGAGUUAAAUAAAGCUGUGGUGUAAUUUGAAUCCAUGUCUUAAGUACUUGUAGCUUUCUCCAUAGCUCAUGGCUCAUAUGUUCAACUCUUGCCUGUUAAAAGCUUUUAUACACACGAGGCUUAGCUCAUAAUGGAAAUGUAAAACCUACACUCACUGCCCCAAAUGUACACCUGCUUUUUAACAUGGUUCUCAUGCUUUCUACCCUUUCUGAAUAAUGCUUGCAUUAGGCAUCAGGGGCCCUGUCAGAAACUCAAACGUGCUUCUUAAAUGUUGGUUGUGAAAUAUGGUUUGAAGGGAUAGCUGAACAUUGGUUGUUUGAAGGAAAACAUCAUAGAAUAGGUUUGUUCAGCUUCUCCUUCGAACAGUAAUGCUGUGAUAUGUUGUGUAAUGCUCCAAGGAUUUCUGAUAUACAGAUCUGAGAACAAACGUUUGGAAAACCAAACCACUUCUGUUUGACAAGAAGUUGUUGUGGAGGAGAGACAGGUGACAAUUUUUUACAUGUGCAAUAGUUGUGCACGUGUAAAAAGUACAUGCACAUGGUACACCAACAAGUUCAUGAUUCCUGCGUAUCUUUGGUCACAUGAAGUAGGCAGCAUUUUCAGGGGAGUGUUACACACCGUCUGCCAGUGUCCCCCAACCCCCCAGGCCUGCCCACUGUGGUUGUGCACGGGGGGGGACAGAGCAAGGGAGAGGGGGCUGCAGAAGAAUAGUUAAUUGUCCCUCUCAUCCUACCCAAUAACCAUUCUCUGCAAAUGUAGCUCCUCCCCCCCCCAUAGAAAUCAGAUAGUUGGGAACACCUAUCUCUAUCCUUACAAACAAACCCUGGCCUAGCUAGAUACCGUAUUUUUCGCUCUAUAAGACACACUUUUCUCCUAAAAGUAAGGGGAAAUGUGUGUGCAUCUUAUGGAGCGAAUGCAGGCUGCGCAGCUAUCGCUGAAGCCAGAAGAACGAGAGGGAUUGGUGUGCAGCGAUCCCUCUUGCUCUUCUGGCUUCGGGGAUAGCCACACAAAGCCUCUUGAGCGCAGUGGGAGUGCUCUUGCCUCUUCGCUCAAGAGGCUUUGCGUUGCUUUUGCUGAAGCCGGAAGAGCAAGAGGGAUCGGUGUGCAGCGAUUCCUCUUGCUCUUCUGGCUUCGGGGGUAGCCACGCAAAGCCUCUUGAGCACAGUGGGAGCACUUCUCCCUCUUCGCUCAAGAGGCUUUGCGUUGCUUUCUUGUUUCUUGUUUUCCUCCUCUAAAAACUAGGUGCGUCUUAUGGUCGGGUGCAACUUAUAGAGCAAAAAAUAUUGGUAGCUUCUUUCCUCUAUUUCCUAACAAAAAGAGAGUAAAAAUGUUAGACAAUUGUGAACCCUGGCAAGGAACCAGGAAGUGCAAUACAGUGGUACCUCAGGUUAAGUACUUAAUUCAUUCCGGAGGUCCGUUCUUAACCUGAAAGUGUUCUUAACCUGAAGCACCACUUUAGCUAAUGGGGCCUCCUGCUGCCGCCAUGUGAUUUCUGUUCUCAUCCUGAAGCAAAGUUUUUAACCCAAGGUAAUAUUUCUGGGUUAGCAGAGUCUGUAACCUGAAGUGCAUGUAACCCGAGGUACCACUGUAUGUCUCUUACAGUCCUUCAUUCUGCAGCUCAACUUUCCUAGGCUUCCAUGUAAAAUCUGCCUUGCCUCUCCUCUCUUUCUCUGUUCCCUGCUGCCAGAUGUUCCUCGAAUGCUGGUAGGGACUGUUUUUUGCUUAGAGUAAAAUAUGUUCACCGGUACGAGAACGCCUCGUGCUACAUCCCAUGCCCAGGACCUCACUUUGCUUGACUGGAAACGUAGCCUUGCCCACAGGUCACGUGGCAAGCUGGAGAUCACGUGAUUUGCAAGCCUGCCCUUAGCCAGGCGGGUGUUAAGCUUUUCUUCCUUGCUUCUGAAUGUGUGUAAUCAGAGCAACCCUGUGCUGCUUUUCUGCUUAAUUCCUGACCUCCUUUGGAUUUUAGCACCGGGCCUCCCCAGAACGCUUAAGCUGUUCAGAUGUUUCAAACGCAGUGUGGCUGUGGCUACAAAAAAACAACAACUGUUUUGUAUGUUGGAAUGUUUGACUGGCUGCAGACGUUCCAAAUUUGGUGUGUCAGCCGGGAGAAGCAGGUGCAUGCUCUUGGGAACGACUGAUAAAACAGUAAAUAAAAAGCAGGGUUUUUUAGUGUUGUGUCAGAAGGGAGCUUUGAGAGAAUCCACACCAGCAACUUCAUUUUAGCAACGGUGGCAAAGUCUAGUGAAUGGACUCUGUUUACAUUAUAUUUGGCUUGUAAAAAGCCGCUUAACUUGGUUGCCUGUGGCAAGUAUGAAUUUUUGGCAAUCAAGCAGGGGUGUUUUUGCAAGAUGAAAAUCAGCAUAUGGCGCUUGGUUUUUCUUUGCUUUUGACCCUUUGUGGCACUAAUAUAUUGUAUCUAAUACAGUGGUACCUCAGGUUACAUACGCUCCAGAGUACAGACGCUUCAGGUUACAGACUCCGCUAACCCAGAAAUAGUACCUCGGGGUAAGAACUUUACCUCAGGAUGAGAGCAGAAAUCGCACAGCGGCAGCGUGGUGGCAGCAGGAGGCCCCAUUAGCUAAAGCGGUGCUUCAGGUUAAGAACAGUUUCAGGUUAAGAACGGACCUCCAGUACUUAACCCGAGGUACCACUGUAUAGGUAUGUCUCGGCACACCUAGUAUCUGUGGGCUACUAACGUUUGUGACUUUAUUUGCAAGGCUGAAGUAGUCACUGGGACUAUGGAUUUCCAUGGUUUUUAUCCUCCAUGGAUGAAAUUGGCUAGUUUUCCACGCUUCGUGCGGAAGCUUUCUGUGUUCCCAUGCAGUAUGCAUGUUUCAGAUCCGCUUCCAUAUCUUCGCAGAUUUAUGACUUCCUCCAUUUUACAUAAUUUGUGCGUAUUCCAUGUGGUGUAUUUGCAUAUCUAAUGUAGCUUGUUGUCUGGCGCUGAGACUAGGCUGCAAAAAUGCAUUCUUGGAAAAUGAACAUCAUUUGCAUACUGUGAUGCUUCCUCCCAUAGGCUGAUUUUUAACCCCCUGCCCUUUAAAUAAAGAAACCUUUAUUUACCUUGUUUGUUCAACAGCUCCCUGGAUGAUGCGAUGCUUUGCACUGUAAAUAAAUAGCUGUGGAGAUGCUGUGGCAGAACUAACAGCUUGCUUUGAGUUAGCAAGGUUUUUCUGUGCCGCUGUUCUGAGGCUGAUUCUUUUCUGCGGCACUGGGCUGCCUUGAUUAGCUUAUCUGCAGAAGGAGAAGGAGAAGAAGAGGAAGAAAGAAUUGGGCACAGCUGUUGCUCGCAGAUACAGAUGAGGGAUUUUGCUAAAUUAGGAUGCUAACUUUGAUUAGAAUUGAAGAGAAAUAAAGCACCCAUGGAAGUGGGAUGAUCUUGUGAUCUAACUUGGGAAAUAUUUCCCAAGGCUAUUGGAAGUGAGGAGCACACAAUAGACUGCAUGACAGACUUGCCUGAUACAUCUGUACAUGCUAGCAGAAUCCUUCCCUUAGUGACUGUCUAAGUAGGGCCGCUUCUGCCCGAGGAUGCAACUUUCGGCCAAUGUAGCUGCUUUGUCUGUUGAUGUCUCCUAGAAUAGAAAGGGUACAGCAAAGGAGUCCCUGUUGUAGGUGCUGCCAAUGGGUGCUGCCUAGUGACUCCUUGUUUAUGAAAUGUCCUCCCUUGGGUGGUGUGUCUUAUCUCCCUCAUUAUUAAAAUCUAUGUGGAAUUUUGGGACACAGGUGGCGCUGUGGGUUAAACCACAGAGCCUAGGACUUGCCGAUCAGAAGGCUGGCGGUUCGAAUCCCGCGACGGGGUGAGCUCCCGUUGCUCGGUCCCUGCUCCUGCCAACCUAGCAGUUCGAAAGCACAUCAAAGUGCAAGUAUAUAAAUAGGUACCGCUCCGACGGGAAGGUAAACAACGUUUCCGUGCGCUGCUCUGGUUUCGCCAGAAGCGGCUUAGUCAUUCUGGCCACAUGACCCGGAAGCUGUCUGAGGACAAACGCCGGCUCCCUCGGCCAAUAAAGCGAGAUUAGCGCCGCAACCCCAGAGUCAGCCACGACUGCACCUAAUGGUCAGGGGUCCCUUUACCUUUACCUAUGUGGAAUUUUAAAACAUUCCUGCCCACCCAGGUGUUAGAUAACUGAAACUGCCUUUGAAAUCCCCCAGGCGUAUUCUGCACCUGGCUAUCGGCCACUUGUGACCAAGCAAAGAUGCCCAGGCACCAGGAUGGGGCCUGAUGUCUCCAUCACCUGGAGGUGCACACCUGGGGGUCCUUGGAUCUUGACUGUUUUCACACACUCGCAACACAUCCUGUAGAAUCAUAUCCAUUAUAUUUUAUCUACACAAUCAGAGUGAAUUUCAGGAACCAAAAAGUCUUGUUGAAAAAAUACAACUUUCGAGCCUUCUGGCCACCAAAAUGGCAACUAGGCAUUCUGUUUUGGUGACCGUUAAGCCUGGUUUAAUUAGCCAUUGGCACCUAACUUACAUAUCUGAGUUUCUAACACUGAGCUGCACCUAGACCUUAUUUAGCUGGGAGGAUGUUUUUAAAUGUUUGUGUUGUUUUGCUGUUUUUAUUGUUUCCUCCCCUAGAUUUCUUUGGGAAGGAAGGGAGGGAUUGUUAUUUUGAAAAAUAAUAUAGAGGUGUCCUACAUUGUGGCUAUUGGAAUAUAUAGGGAGACACCUCCUUCUCCUUUCCUGCAUCAUACACUAUACCUUGAAAGCACAUUCAAAGCAAAUCCUUUCCCUCAAAGAAUUCUGGGCAUUGUAGUUUUUCCCCUCGCAGAGUUACGAAUACCCUCGGCCAUUAACAACCUGCAGUGCCCAGAAUCCUUUGAAGGGGAAAAUUGUCCUUCACAUGUGCUUUAUAGUGUGUACACAACCGCAGAACGGCACAGGCGCUUCAGGAGAUAAAGUGUGUUUGCUUUGCAGAAAACAAGCCUUAGAUACACAGAAGGCAAAAAUCUUCUCCUCCAGAAGCUUCUCAUUCCAUUGGUGGUGAGCAGUCACUAGUUCUGCUGCUUUGGGUUAGUGCUUGGCUGAGUAUGUCAGUGCUGCAAUCUUUUUACAAAAGGGCCCUUUUCUAAUGCGAGAAAGACAAACGACGGCCACUUUGCUUGCUAAGAUGGAACUGGGGAGGAAAUAGUGUUCUGAAGCAACGGGCUUUUCAUUGGUUAUCUUUUGUAGCCUCAAAUGUAAGUUUCUGAAAAGUGGAAUGAGGGGAUACGACUUGUUCUCUGUUGGCAUAUGCAAAUGCUCAUCAUCUCUCUCUCCCUUUUUCUCCUUUCUUAGUCCCUGUUGCUCUUGGCUCUCGUGGGAGCUGUCUUUCUGGGCCUCAACCUGGUCUUCCUUGGUAUUUAUCUGAUCUGUGUGUGCUGCUGCAAGAGGGAGGAGGAGUCAGAGACGAAGAGGCCCAAUUCGUGUUGCAUCACCUGGACUGCUGUGGUAGCCGGCCUCAUCUGUUGGUGAGUUCAUUUGGAGCCUAGGGAGCAGAAGACCCAUAGGUAAUGGAGCGGGCGGGUGGUGUCUGAAAGCUUGGGUUCACGGGUAGGGUUGCCACCUUUGUACUGACAAAAUACAGUGUGGGGCCUUCCCCCCCCCCUCCAAAUCUUGUACUGCAGUGACUUCAAAGUAACCCAUUGCAAUCUAUUGCAGCCUAACAAGAUGGCCCCUCUGGAAUUUGUCACACAUGCACGUGCUCAUGAAUGUGUAAAUCUGUCUGUGCUUGGCUACCCAGAGCUUAAAUAUAUGACCUUUCACACAAGCAAGGAGCCACCGCAGAAAAGGCCCUGUUCUCACGUUGCCACUCUUAGGACAUCUCGUGGAGGAGGCACCUGAAGAAGGGCCUCAAAUCAUGACCGCAGGGUCCAGGUUGGUUGACAUGGAGAGAGGACGUCCUCGAGGCAUUGUGGUCCCGAGCCAUUCAAGGCUUUAUAGGUAAAAACCAGCUCUUUGAACUGGGCCCAGAACUUAAUUGGCCACCGGGAUCAGUGUACAGUGGUACCUCUGGUUACGAACUUAAUUUGUUCUGGAGGUCCGUUCUUAACCUGAAACUGUUCUUAACCUGAGGUACCACUUUAGCUAAUGGGGCUUCCCUCUGCCGCCUUGCUGCCGGUGUGCAAUGUCUGUUUUCAUCCUGAGGUAAAGUUCUUAACCCGAGGUACUACUUCCAGAUUAGCGGAGUCUGUAACCCGAAGUGUUUGUGACCCGAGGUGUUUGUAACCUGAGGUACCACUGUAAUAUGCUCAGAGGUCAAGUUCCAUCUUGGAAAACUGCCUGUAGGCCAUAAUGCGUGGUGCACGCCUCUGUUUUGUUGCAUGCAUGCAUGCAUGGCAACUCGCACUCAGUUUGUCCUAUUGCGUUUCUCUCACCCUUAAAGAAACAAAGGGUCCACAAGGGAAAGGGAGACAGUUCAGCUACUGUUUCAGUGCCUGUUUUGCUAAAGGGCAUGGUUUGACAGCUUCCUAUUCCUUGAUCCAAAGACUCGUGUUUCAUCUUCCACCACCAGUCCCCUAGUUUGGACAUUGCAAUUCAGUGCUCUUGAAGGCCCUUCCCUGUCUCUCUCAAGAGCAGCAAGCAUGCUGUGCGCAUUUGCAGAUGCUCCUGGGUCCCACGGCCUGACUUUAAUCGCUGUUUCCUCGAGAGGGCUUCUUUGCUCUAGUAUUCAUUCCUCUUUUGGCUAAUCCCAAGAGGGGGAGGGAGAUUGGGGUGUGGAGGAGUCCUUUAGCUUUUAAUCCCACCCCUAAGCAGAUGGCACAGCUGGCUGUCCGGGGUCACGUUAGGCUUGAGGUUAAUUGUGUAUGGAGUCUGACUCAAUUAAAGGAGGGAGAGCAGGGUUGGCGGUCCCAGGAAAGGGAAAGCCCUAGGUUCUGGCCUAUUGCUUUCUCUCCAUCACCUAUACCUCUCCAGGAUGAAGAAUACUUUUCAUCUAGAGCAGUGGUUCUCAACCUGUGGGUCCCCAGAUCUUUGUUGGACUACAACUCCCAUCAUCCCUGAGCUCUGGCCUUGCUAGCUAGGGAUGAUGGGCGUUGUAGUUCAACAACACCUGGGGACCCACAGGUCGAGAAAGGAUGAUCUAGAGGCUUCCUGAAUGUCUAGGGUGUUAUUUCAUCUCUCAGUUGGUUGAGCAAGUCCAGAGGUAGAUACUGCAUGUGGCAAGGAAUCGUAACGUCAUCUUUUCAUAGAAGAACGGAGGCCACUGGUGGACUAUCUGUCAAAUUAUAAUUAUUGUAUGAAAUCACGUGCAGAAUUUGAUAUGGGGGGAAGAAUGUAGAGAACGGAUUUGGGGGGCUUAGAAAAUAAGUGUAGAUGUGUUUUAAAGCAGCUAUUAAGGGGGAAUUAAAAAAAAUCAGGGAAGGAGGGAUGGGAAGUCAAGAAGGGGGGGGGGUGCCUAAUAAAUACAACUGGAGUUAUGUAAUAAAUUGGAAGAUUUAAUAAAAACCAUUAUAGAAAGAAAUCGUCGCUGCACCCUAAGUUAAAGCAACUGAUAAUAAGCCCAGCCCACUUCUCACCCCACCUGACCCCAAUGAUGUAGGCAAGUGAUGUUAGCACAGGUCAUAGCUACAUCACAGAAUUGCAAAGUCCAGGUGCAGAAACCUGCAACCCUGCGAUGUCAUAGAUGAUGCCAGACUACAGCUCCCAUCUUCCCUGACAUUUGGCCAUGCUAACUGGGGCUAAUGGGAGUUGGAGUCCCUCAACGUGUAGAGCGCCACAGGUUCUCCAUCCUGCAUCAAGUCUACCCACUGCAGAACCUUCCAAAAAAAUCUAGUGGUUGAACAUGUAUACAAUAUAAGGCAUCAUCCGAGAAGUUAUGCAGCUGGUAGUGCCGCUGCUGCAAGUUGUUGGAGGCCAUUGCGCUUCACUAGUGUUGCAUGUUGCAUGCAAUCAUUGGCAGGAUCAUUGUUGGUUGUUCCCUGAAUUGAUGGAGCUCAUUGGAUGCAACGAGAAACUGAGCCUUUAGUGCAGUGGUUCUCAAAGGGUGCGGCAGGAGAGGAUGGCAAGUGUGGCAGGAGGAUCCAAGGACAAUCAAAGAAAUAUUUAAACAUUUAAAUAUUAUUUAUAAUUUAAACAUAAGUAUUUAUAAUUAUAAUUAUUUAUAAUUUAAACAUUAAAUAUUUAAACAUUUCAGUGUAGUGUUGUAUAGUACAGUAUCAAAAUAAAAUAAACAAUAAUUUGCAGAAUAUGGGUAGAUACCUUUUUCAAAAUCCAGCUCUGCCAUGAGUUGUUUCUUUGUAUUUCUUACCAAUAAAAAAAUUGGUACGACCCGAGCAAUUUUUUAUUCUGAAAAGUGUGGACCAGAGGGGAAAAAACCUGCUUUGGUGUCACCAGCCCAAUACUCUGCCAAAUACUCUGUGGAAUACUCUGCCAAAAAAGAUCAAUCAAUUGCUUUCUGUUUCAACUUUUAAACGCCUGCUUGAUUCCCCCCCCCCCCGCCGCCUUUCUGUCAGGCUUAUGCAGCCAAUAAAUAAUGCAUCUUUCCAUUAAUAGUUUGCUGUUUUCUGUUUUUAACUUUUUGUUUGUGUGGUGGGUUUUUUUUAAUUGGAUGGUUUCAUAUAUAAUUGUUGUAAACGCUCUGGAAUUUUUAUGAAUGUAAAAUAUGUAAAUAUGUAUGUAAUAUUUUUUCUUUGUAAAUAUGUAAAAUAGAAAGACAAGGAGUGCUUUGACUUGAUCAAGCCAUACCAGCAUCUCUUGUGGCGUGUGUGUACACACACACAGCACAUCACAGCACACUUGCCAGUUAAUUUAGCUUUGGGGCGGGGGAUUGUAUCUUGGUAAAAUAAUCAGUGCAAGUGAAACUCAUCAAUUUCCCCUGAGAAGGGGGAAAUGUUUAGUUGCUGAGAUGCCGCCUUGCCUUCAAAGGGGCCCCCUUUCUCUCUGCUCCCCCAAUUUAGGGCUGGUGUGCCCAUCUGCCUUCCUAAUGGCAGCUACAAUUUUUUGUGCCCGUGUGCUGGCUGCUCCCUUCCCACAGUUACACAAGUUACCCAACUGCACCACCUACAGAAAAUGAACUCUCUUGCUCACAAUUGCCAAGCCACCCCUUUGUGGAAACAGAAUGCAGAAUUUCACUACUAGAGAGCCUGGCAAUGCGUACAUGUGAGUUAAGUGCCACAGACAAAAGGGAAAAACAUUUGUACCACAAGUGGAGCAGUUUGUGAGCGCAUGUUCUCAUUUUGCUUCCUGUUCGUCUUUUUCUUCAGUGGGGAAGCUGCAGCUGUGAGGCAAGGAGAGCCGUCCAUUUUGGGCACUGAUGGUUCUGCCUCUUUCGCGUCGCCAUUGCGCAAAUCGCUCGGGUUAGAUAGGGGGGUUCAUACGCAGGUUGGGAGGUGGUUGGGAUGGCAAUCCUGGGCGUACUGGAGAAAACAAAGCCUCUUCCCCCAUUUUUUUACACUCUUAACCCUGGCCUCUGCCUGAGACACGUGGUUUCAUCCCAGGUGGCAAAUCUCUGCUCAAUUCACCUUGCCUCUUGCAAGGCAGAGUGAUCAGAUGAACUCGGUUGCCUGAGGCUUUCACGGUUGGGUUACUUCUGGCUGUAAGGAUGAAGUUGGGAGUGGGGGUUGCCCAUCUUCAGGCCCCGAUCUUCCUUCUACUUUCUCAGACGUUAUAAAUAGUAGAACUAGGCACAUGGUUUCGACAUCUGGCCACCCAUAGCUGCAAACACAGAGGAAAUAACACCGCUGUACAGUGGUACCUCGGGUUAAGAACUUAAUUUGUUCUGGAGGUCCAUUCUUAACCUGAAACUGUUCUUAACUUGAGGUACCACUUUAGCUAAUGGGGCCUCCCGCUGCCGCUGCGCCGCCGAAGCACAAUUUCUGUUCUCAUCCUAAAGCAAAGUUCUCAACCCGAGGUACUAUUUCUGGGUUAGUGGAGGCUGUAACCUGAAGCGUCUGUAACCUGAAACGUCUGUAACCCGAGGUACCACUGUAUUAUCAGCUUGGUAUGUCUCCCCCAAUUCGUACAUCUGCUGAGGAAUGUGGCGCUGUGGUCUAAACCAGCGAGCCUCUUGGGCUUGCCGAUCAAAAGGUCGGCAGUUCGAAUCCCUGCAACGGGGUGAGCUCCUGUUGCUCUGUCCCAGCUCCUGGCAACCUAGCAAUUCAAAAGCACGCCAGUGUGAGUAGAUAAAUAGGUACCGCUCUGGCGGGAAGGUAAGCGGUGUUUCCGUGCACUCUGGUUUCCGUCACGGCGUCCCAUUGCGCCAGAAGCAGUUUAGUCAUGCUGGCCACCUGACCCGGAAAAGCUGUCUGUGGACAAAUGCCAGCUCCCUUGGCCUGAAAGCAAUAAGAGCGCCACACCCCAUAGUUGCCUUUGACUGGACUUAACUGUCCAGGGGUCCUUUUACCUUUUACCUUUUACCUACAUCUGCUGGAAGGUUUUCAUGGCACUCUUUUGGCUUCAGCCAUUUACUGCACAAACCCUUCUCAAUCAGCUCAUUCAAUUCUACGUUCCAGGAACUUCCAAAGGGCUUUAGUGCUUAAUAGUUUGAGGGUGAUCUUUUAUUCGCUGAAUGGAAGUAUCUGUAUCUGGGAGUAAACAUGCUGAUUAAAGCGGCGUGCUGUUCCCAUGACUUGCCUUCUUCCCUAACCCAAACACAUGAUCCCCACCCCACCCCACCCCUGGGGCUUUAGGCUUGUUGAAAUUCUGGCUAUAUUGUCUCCUAUCCAUAAGCUUUGGAUGAGUGAGAUGAGGGGUAGGCAGAGUAAUAAAUAUCCUAAGUGCUUUUCAGGUCCCCAGGGCGCUUUGAUUGCGAGUGCAACAAUAUAGAGCAGCUCUUGCACUGACUGCUGGGCAUCUGGUUCUUCGAAUCUUAAAUGCGUAGCAAGAGCAUCGAUCAGAGCGAAGCUCCCCGCCUGUUACGCUACACCUAGCAGACUUCUAUUUUCUGCUUGCUGUAUGCUAUAAAAUGGAUGAUUUAGGGAAAUCUGUGGGAAUGGAGAAUCCUGAGUUUCAGGUUCGUUCUUGCUCUUCAAACCUAUUACUUUAGAUCAGUCAAGCUUGCCUUUCCAGGCUGGAGCUCCUUCCUUAUAUAAGCAGACCCCUUUCUGCUUACAGUCAUUUCACACUGCAUUCUCCCCUAUCCCCCCCACCCAAAAGAAUCUUCUUUAGUACUAAAGGCAUCGGUGAAGCCAUAAAAAAAUAAAAAAACCACCCACCUGCAGAAGAACAGGGGAAGUAUGUAGACAAAUACAGUGGUACCUUGGGUUACAUACGCUUCAGGUUACAUAUGCUUCAGGUUACAUACGCUUCAGGUUACAGACUCCACUAACCCAGAAAUAGUGCUUUCAGGUUAAGAACUUUGCUUCAGGAUGAGAACAGAAAUUGUGCUCCGGUGGCGUGGCAGCAGCAGGAGGCCCCAUUAGCUAGAGUGGUGCUUCAGAUUAAGAACAGUUUCAGGUUAAGUACAGACCUCUGGAACAAAUUAAGUACUUAACCCGAGGUACUAUUGUAUUCCUCUUCUGCCAGCGAAGCUUACAGGUUUCCUCAAAUAGCCAUCCAGCAGCAGCACUCAGGGCUGGUUCUCACUGUACACAUCUCACUGUAGAUAAAUCUAAUUCAUUCAUUCAUUCAUUAAAAUGCUGGAAUAGGUAGGUCUUUUGCUCUGAUCCCAAAGGGCUGCCAUUAUAAUCAGAAGGGCUUCCCACCCGCUUCUCUUUAAGGGAAAAGUAACUGUUUUAUUACAUUACAAUUUGCAAGCGUGCACACUUCAUAUCUGAUGGGAGUGUGGCAGCAUCUCACUUCUCUCCCCCCCACCACCCCGCACUUGCUAUCGGCAUGCAAAUACCAGCAACCGUGCAAGAAGUAGCCUUUAGAUGCAGACAUGGCAAAGGAAAAUGGAAUGGGAAGGCAAGCCUAAUGGGGGGGGGGGUGGAUUUUUUUGCAACACGCGCCAUUAUUAAAAAGAGCAGAACCUCUCAAGGCUUCUGCUCAGCAUUUGCAAACGGAGUCCUAAAAGUGACAGCAGAGAGACCCGCUUACACUGCCCAGUAGUUUGAAUUUUUAGAUCUGUCGCAAGCGUUCCCAGCAAUGUAAACGCACACAACUCAAAUCCAGGUAUUCAGGUGUAUCCAGGCUGGCUUUCAGUUGUGUGUGCGUGCACCCCUGAGGUUUGCGCAAUUUGAAGUGUAGCUAAAGCUGGAUUGUAACUCACAGUAAUGUGACAUGUGCGAAUAAGAGUUAUAUUAAAAUAGGAGCUGUUAGUGCCUCUCCAGGUGGGAGAACCUAUUUUUCUCUUGGUUAAAAAUGGUGCCUUGAUAAGAACCAUGCCAUCCCUGACCACUGGAAACAGUUCCCCUGCGUCAGAAGCUCUGCUUUGAUGCCAUUACCUCUGAGGUGCAUCAACCACAUGAAUUUGAGCUGCAGGGAAUUUCCAUGCCGGUGGAGCACAUUCUUAUCCACUAAAGCGCGAGUUUUCACGGUGCAGUUGUGCUGCUGCCUCCCCAUGGAAGCAGCAUCAGCAGGCUUCCAUAGGGGGGCCAUAAUUUUGGAGCUAACCUUCAACGUUCAGUGAACAGCGGAAGCAGCGGAGAGAAGCGUAGCCAUAGCUGAGCAUUGCUUUUGUUGUUAUUUACAGCCAGAGAUAUGCUGUAGCCAAACAGCAGGGGCCCAUUUGAAAUAGGGAGCUCAUUCAAAGGCUAAUAGGGGAGAACUGGCCAGGAUGAAUCAUUUUUAUUGCCAAUGCAGCAAGGAGAGGCGUGAGUCGGAGUCAACCAGCCUUCCUUAUUGGCUGCUUCAGCUCAGCAGUUAGGAAUGGGUACAUUUCACGAACCUACAUUUCCAGCGCCCAUUUCAGGAAUUCUAAAAACCUGAUUGUAAAACUAGAGUGUGUUAGCUGUUCUGAAUUGUGGUAUUCUGCAUGUGUUGGUGUUAAAUUUAUAUACAGUGGUACCUCGGGUUAAGAACUUAAUUCGUUCUGGAGGUCUGUUCUUAACCUGAAACUGUUCUUAACUUGAGGUACCGCUUUAACUAAUGGGGCCUCCUGCUGCCACUGCACCACCGCUGCACGAUUUCUGUUCUCAUCCUGAAGAAAAGUUCUUAACCCGAGGUACUAUUUCCCGAGGUACAGCGGAGUCUGUAACCUGAAGCAUCUGUAACCUGAAGUGUCUGUAACCCGAGGUACCGUUGUACUACCCUUCUGCAUGUGUUUGGUGUGUUGUUGUUGUUUAUUAAAUUCCUAUACAGUGGUACCUUGGGUUAAGUACUGAAUUCGUUCCGGAGGUCCAUUCUUAACCUGAAGCUGUUCUUAACCUGAAGCACCACUUAUCUAAUGGGGCCUCCUACUGCUGCUGCCGCACCGCUGGAGCACGAUUUCUGUUCUCAUCCUGAAGCAAAGUUCUUAACCCAAGGUACUAUUUUUGGGUUAGCGGAGUCUGUAACCUGAAGCGUCUGUAACCAGAAGCGUAUGUAACCCGAGGUACCACUGUACUGCCUUUCGUCAAGGUGGUUCACAGAAUAAAAUACAAGUAAAUAACUAACCAAAACAACAAAACAGUAAUGCCCCCGGGGCCCUUCCCAUAGAUAUAAUGUAAUUUAUCUGGAAGAAGGGGGUUUGCCAAAGGCAUCUUUUUUCCUCACACCCAUCUCCCUUCCAUAAACCAAAGAGCACCAAUUUACUGUCCUGAUCUCUGACUCCGGGUCCUUGGCAUUUACCCUGGCAUAGAGGAAUUGUUUCUGGCUGGAGUUUUCCAGAGACCCUAGAAUUCUUUCUUGAAGGUUAAAUCAAGGAGCAGCUGUAAUCCAGAGGAACAUUUCUUUCAACAGAUUCUGAUAAGCUGCUUAGGAGCGGGGGCGAGGUUGGAGGGCUUCCCCCCGCCGCAGCCGCCGCUGCCUUUUGGCCUAAAUCUCUUGGGUGUUUGGGAGAGAACUCACUCACAGCUCAGUGUGUCGCAGGCUUGUAGCAUCCUUUUUAAGCCCCAGAGUUGGAGGGAGUAAAUCUGGUUGGCAGUGCUCUGUUGUCAAUUGGCAGGGGACCACUAAUGUCUUAAAAGGCCAAGAGAGGAGACAGUUUCUACUGGCACCUUCUCAGCACUUCCGUUCUCCUCUCCCUCCAGAACUGGCGCAUCUCCCCUCCCCCCCCCCCACUAAAUCAUGGUCAUCCUCUGGCCUCUCUCUGACCCCAGUCCUGCUUAUCUAAUGUAAAUUGUAAGCUCUCUCCGAAAAGAAGCUGUUUUAGCUGCAAACUGGCAAGGUUCUUACAUUAUUACAAAUGUGAAACAAUCAUUUCCUAUUUGGCUGCUACCGGCGGCUUAAAAACAUCUCUCUGUUUGGGUUAAACACUGUGGGUUGUAACAAGACACCUGAAAUAUGUGAGCAAGUUCUCUCUGGCUUUCUUCCAUUUCCAGUAUUGAGUGUCUUGCAGCAAUUGCUCUUUUGCGCCAAUACAUAAAGCACACCUCAUAGUGGGACUCAUCCAGGCAUCCUACGAUCCUGCCGGCAGAACGUUUGGUUGUUUCUGGGGCAAGUUGAGCGAAAAGGGCUUGGCUUAGCUCAGCAUUUAUUUAAAAAAUGGAACCUCAAGACCACCCGGCCACCUCCUCAAAUUGGACGCAGGAACCUGUUAUAAGGGGGGGGGGGCUGCUCCUUUUCCCUUAUGGGGGAUCCAAGAGCCCAUAUAGAAUCCUUAAGUAGGUCCCCUGUCGGAAGGAGAAAAUAUCAGAGGCCAACCAGAGAAUAUUGAGAAGCAAAGCAGCUAAUAAGCAUGAUCUUUAAUAAACUGUUGCAACAGGGUUCCCCGCUCCCCCCACGCAGAGAGGGAGGAGAGGAACCCAGAACAAUGGUGUGCAAGCUCUUACUUUUGAAAUUGCCUACCUUUGGCUCAGGGUAAAGGUAAAGGAUCUCUGGCAGUUAAGUCCAGUCACGAACGACUCUGGGGUUGUGGCGCACAUCUUGCUUUACAGGCCGAGAGAGCCGACAUUUGUCCCCGGACAGUUUUUCCGGGUCAUGUGGCCAGCAUGACUAAGCCGCUUCUGGCGAAACCAGAGCAGCACACAGAAACGCUGUUUACCUUCCUGCCGGAGCGGUACCUAUUUAUCUACUUGCACAUCAUGCAUACAUCACAGAAAGAGGUGGUCCCCAGCAGAAAUAUGUCACGGGGGCAGUCUACCACAGAAAUGCAUCACAGGGGCGAGGUCUACAGCAGAAAACCUGUCUGUCAGGAUACCUGAUAAUGAUCAAUCAUUGUUCUACCUGGGCAGCCUGGCCAAUAUUUUGUGAUUGUAAAUACUUAGUUCCUGAAUCCAGGUCACAGGCUCACCCUGAGACAGGAUUUGUGAGCAAAGGGGAGAAUAUUUGAGGUUACUGGAAGAGUCAAAAUGGCUUUAGGAUUGUUCUCCUGUACUAUUUCAGACACGUGGUUUAUAUACUUAUGUGUGUGUUUGCCUUGUGCAUUUAUGAAUGUUCAUUUUAUAUAUAUACACAGGACCUUAGGAUUCCUAUAACAAACCUACUCCAGGUGUUUCCUAGUUCUUACAAAUCACACCCAUUAUACAGUUGCAGUUCUGAGUUUGGAGGGGUUUCUGCAUUUCCUCUUUGGGCAGAUUGACUAUCCUGGUGAAUAUCUUAUGAAGCCACUUUAAGUCUGUUGGGGGGGGGGGGAGAACUUUCACUCCCUCCCUUCCACUGCUGUCAGUCUAGGUAGGCCAUUCCCCUUGACUUCUAGAUGAGAAGGCUUUCCAGGGGUGCAAAGCAAAUAAUUGCAAUGGGAAUCAAAGAGAGCAUUUAUCUUGCCUGCCUCCCGGACUGCUUUAUGAUACGAUGCGAUACAAUACAAUACAAUACAAUAAUCUUUAUUGUCAUUGUGCCAUACAGAACAACGAAAUUGAAAAAAUCUACAUCAGACAUUCAAAAACCCACAAGCCUGCUAUCCCAGCCUGGUCAGCCCCUAAAAACUCUGAUACCCCAUAAGUGAAUACAAUAUACAGUUGUACCUCAGGUUAAGUACUUAAUUCGUUCUGGAGGUCCGUUCUUAACCUGAAACUGUUCUUAACCUGAAGCACCACUCUAGCUAAUGGGGCCUCCUGCUGCUGCCGCUCCGCCGGAGCACGAUUUCUGUUCUCAUCCUGAAGCAAAGUUCUUAACCCGAGGUACUAUUUCUGGGUUAGCAGAGUCUGUAACCUGAAACAUAUGUAACCUGAAGUGUAUGUAACCUGAGGUACCACUGUACUCACUUAAAGACUACCUUACACUGCGUUUAAAACCAAAAUCUCAUUUGGAUAGAAACUGUUUCUCAGGAGGCUAGUCCUAGUCUUUGUAACCCUGUACCUUCUUCCAGAAGGCAGAAGCUGAGAGAGAUCAUUUUCCGGGUGCGCACUAUCCUGCACUAUCUCUACAGCUUUCUUAUGGCACCUGGAAACAUAAAAAAAUUAAGAGAGGAUUAGACAACUUCACGGAGGAGAGGACUAUAGAGGACUGCCACUCUGCCUCCACAGCUGAAGACAGUAAUGGUUCUGAAUAUGCAUUGCUGGAAACCACAGCAGGGGAGGGUUCUUUUUUGCUCAAAUCCUGUUUGUGGAUUUCCCACAGGGAUCUGGCUGGCCACUGUGAGAAGAGAAUGCUGGACUAGAUGGGCCAUUGGUAUGAUCCAGCAGACUCUUAUAUUCUUGUGUCUCUCGCCAGAUACCAGCGUAGUUUGAUUUCUCUGUCACUAUACACACACACACCCACACCCACACACCCCAUGACUCAAGUUGAUCUGAGCGCCUGAGGGGGAACUUUCCUUUGAGUCUGGCACAAAUGCACCCCAAACUCCAACAUGAAGUUGAUUCAGAAUAAAAGGACCGGAGGACAAAGCUAAAAGCAGAAUGGUGCUUCUAAAAGAAAGAAAAUGUUUCAAUUCAAGCCUGUCCUAUUGCAGCUGCUUACAAACGGACACCUGGUCUCCUCAUGUGUAACACAGCAAUGUUGAUAGUCCAGCUGAGGGGCUUAGAGGGACAAAGGACUGUUUGGCAAGGGCCAUAUUUUCAGUUUCAUGAUUGACAGGUGGCUCUGUCAGGGAAAGUGUUUUUGACAGCUUUUGGAAAUCGGAAGAUGGGCUAUCCUCCAUCUCCCUGCCAGACAAAACCAAUUAUGUACUUUGUAUAUUCAAAGGGAGGUGUAACUUCUCUGUUUGUGGGGAAUUGAGAAUGGUAUCUUAAAGUGACGGGUUGGCCUAAAUGAGGCCUUUGUUUCAGCCCUUACCUUAAAUAACACUGACUUUUAUUCUCUCCUCUUCUAACCCAUAUUUCUGUGUUUCUUUCAUUCCCAGUGCUGCUGUUGGCAUUGGUUUCUAUGGCAACAGCGAAACCAACGAUGGGGUUUAUCAACUGAUCUACGCCCUAAAUAAUGCUAAUCGCACUCUUUCGGAGAUUGAUUCGCUGGUAAGAAAUCUGAUGGGUUGAGCCGAUAUUAUUAUUCUUCCCCCCUUCCCCCUUUUCAUCUAAUGCAAGCGCUCUGGUCCUGAUGAAUUAUCUGAAAUGCCUGAGAUUGAGAGCAGCUGUCUGAGAACAACAAUGUCUCUUCCUAGGGAGAGCACAGAGGCUGGUGCAAACAAGCCAAACAUUGUGUUAAAGCCUCCUUCAUCUAUCUCCGUUUUAAUCCGGAGGAGAGCAUGUGCUCUCUGCUGUCAGAAUUCACAGCCUGACCCUACUUUCUGCGUUUCCCAGAGGCGAAAAUGGAGACAAUUUCGUUUCAGAAAUUGAGACAGAGAUAGGAAGGGAUGGGAAGCACAGAGCGGUUCUACUCCCCUCGGUCAGUGUUGGGUGCAGAUCAUAGCUUUUUCCGGAUAACCUUUGGAAACCCAGUGUCUAGAAAAGGCAGAACUUGAGAUCUGUUGGACCCCAGAAUCACAGAAGACUGGAGAGUCCAGUGCUGAAAGCACAGGGCUGGUGGGUGGGGGCUAUAGUUUAAGCUGCUGGUGGUAGUAAAUUAGAGUAUUAAAGCCUGGUGCCUCCUUUGCAAAGCCCUGGAAGCUUCUGCCCGGCUUAGGGGGGCCGGCGUGAUGCUCACAAGCAUGGCAUCCCCCCCCCCCUUCCAGUAGCCAUCGCAAGCUGCCCCCCCUCUAUCCCUAACUCUUCCCCUGCCAAAAAUGUCGCCGCACGCCUCUGAUUCUGGUGCUGUUGAGAACACAGCUCUAGAACAAUUCAGAUGGCACCGUGCCCAGGGAGAACCAGUAGCGUAUCACCUGGGAGUCUGUUGGGUCCAUGCUUCUCAUGACUUCUUCAGGAAUUCCUGGCAGAAAGCCACAGCUGAAAAAAGGCAGCAGCAGUGCUUAAGACCUGAGAUGGAAACUCCCAACUGCAAAAUGACAACAACAGCAAACUACUACCAAAAGGUGACCGGUUUGGAAAUGAAACCUCUCUCUCCAUCUAGGGGACUAAUGGUACUCCUAGCAUCUUGGUUUAAUUUGUGUUUCUCCUGGGUUUACUUCACAUAUACACGCACUGGGUUUUCUGUUUCUGAGUGGUGGUGGUGGUGGUGGUAAUCCAAAAAGCCUAGCGAUAUUUAAGUACUAGGCAGUGAAUACAAUGUAUUCAAAUGAUGCCCUCAGUUUCAGUAUAUAUCCAUGCCCUGUAGUUGGCUUGCUUUCACUGGUUCUUGGAGCGCCUGAUCGUUUUAGCGUGCCAAGCUCCUGUACCAACCUUUCACCCUAAUGACUCCAGGUGGGUUACUCACUUUAAAAAUCUACUAUGAAAAUGUCAAUUAUGGAUUUUCUGACUUCGCAGAAUAUUUUGAAGGGAAGAGGCUCUGCUGUGUAGAGCUUUGUCCUUGCUUUCUUGCUGCUUUGACUUCUGUGUGGCCAGAAGGAGGCCUAUAGAUAGAUUCCAUAGCAGCUUUUGUAUUGGAAAAGAGUUCCUUUUUGUGGGUGCCAGUGCAACACCAGUAAACAGGGAGAUUAUUUGGAGCAGACUUUAGCCAUCUUCGUUGCUCACAUAAUGGAGGCCAUUCAAGUGGUUAAACUGGGAUAGCUCAGUCGCUGGAGCAUAAUCUCAGGGUUCCCACAUUGGGCAAAAGAUUCCUGCAUUCCAGGGGGUUGGAGUAGAUCAGGGGUAGGCAACCUAAGGCCCAUGGGCCACAAGCGGACCACGGGGGUUGUUUAACCAGCCCACAAGCCGCACCCUAACCGAGCCGCCCUCUCUACAAGUCCCCACACAUUGCGCUAAACCGGCGCAGUGCAACGUAGGGACUCGCUUCCGUGGUGCCUGAAAUUGGGUCUGCGCAUGCUCAGACGCUGAAAAUGCGUUUGCACAGAUGCAGACACCGGAAAUCGCAUCUGCACAGACGCAGACACCAGAAAUUGCAUCCGUGCAACCGCGCGCACACACACACACACACACACACACAUACACGAUCCAGCCCAUGGAGGGAUCUCCACUGGAGUGAACCAGCCCAGGUGAAGUAAACUUUGCCAACCCCUGGACUAGAUGACUCUCAUGGUCGCUGCCAACUCUACAGUUCCAUUAUUAGGGUAGAGUUUUUUUGGUCUGUUCUUCUAGUGCAUGCAUAUGUAAUUUCACCAAUCUGCUUUUGGGAUUUGGGCUAUAGAAACUGAGGUGGUGGUGAUUAUUCUGGUUUCAGCGGAUCUUUUCCUUGAGUGUAUUUGAAGACAUUUGAUCAAAGUCGUGUUUGUGCACAUGAUGGAAGCCGAAGGAAACUCUUUGACUUUGAGCUGUUCUUGGCCGUCCCUUCUACCCAUAUAAAACAUGACUGGUUCAGAAAGAAACCAGCUUGCUGGUUCUGAAUGGUCUGCCUGCUGUCUUUUCCCAGGUCUCAAACACCUCUGUGCAGAUGAAGGUGGCUCUGGAGCAGCACCUGGCGCGGCUGAACGAGAUAUUUGCCACCCGAGGCGACUAUGUGCAGACGCUCAAGUUCCUGCAGCAGAUGGCUGGCAAUAUUGUGCUGCAGCUCUCGGGGCUCCCUGUCUGGAACGACGUCACUGUAGACCUGUCUCAAGUCGCUGGUGAAGUUGGUUACGUGGAAUAUUACAGGUAAGUUGAGAGGGGAUAUUGCGGAGGGCGGGGUGCAUGGCCCAUUGGGAGACUUCAUGGAGUUUGCUAUGCAGCCUUGCAUUUCCUGUCAAAAGCAGAGCAUCUCAAAGACAAAGGUAAAGGGACCCCUGACCGUUAGGUCCAGUCGCGGACGACUCUGGGGUUGCAGCGCUCAUCUCGCUCUUUAGGCCGAGGGAGCCGGUGUUUGUCUGCAGACAGCUUCUGGGUCAUGUGGCCAGCAUGACUAAGCCCCUUCUGGUGAAACCAGAGCAGCACACGGAAACGCCGUUUACCUUCCCGCCGGAGCGGUACCUAUUUAUCUACUUGCAGGAGCUGGGACCGAACAACAGGAGCUCACCCCGUCAUGGGGAUUCGAACUGCCGACCUUCUGAUCGCCAAGCCCUAGGCUCAGUGGUUUAGACCACAGCACCACCUGCUUCCUGUAAGACAAUGGAGGGGUGUUUAAUCUUAGACUUAUGGAAACUGUUACAUCAUCACGGAGUCAGGAGGUGGGAAUCCCCUUGUUCAUCUCUCUCCUCCGCUUUGGAAUCCCUCCCCUAGGAUGGGGUGGGGGCCUUCCAAAAAUUGUUGGACUCCAAUUCCCACCAGACAACGUGGCUGGUGGCCAUGGUAAGAGUUGCAAUCCAAUCAUAUUUGUAGGUUCCUUGUUCUUGGUGGUGCCUUGUAGGAAAGUGGUUGGGAAGAUAACAGGAGGAACAUGGGCAAGAGAAAGGGGCUGCAAUCCGCUCAGCCAUUCUGUAAUAGCAGGGGCAUGGGGCAGUAAAUAAGGCCACUUUUUUGGGAUCACUCACUUUGCACCAUGAGGAGGUGAUUUGCUCAAAGCACUAUAAUGUUUUCAUCACAUCAGUGCAUCGUAGCAACAGUCUUAAUCCGCACUGGUAAUGCUGAAUACAGAAUUGAAAGACUGUGAUUAUUUCAGCAGCAGAAGUCAGUCUCACAAUAGGGAAAGAGCUGCAACACUAGCUUUCCAGCUGCAGGGUCAUGGCUGAGGUCAGCAUGGUGUGGGCACACGGGCAGAGCCAAUCCAGCAACUCCCACUGAUGCAAUCUCCCUGCCACCUCACCUCUCAUUCUCCCACUGAGUGUCAGCAGCGCCUCCGCUGUUGGGAAGCUAGCAUUACAUAUCCACUCCCACCAGGUAAGCCACUUCUGUACAGCCGUAAAAGGAGGAGGAAGAGUCGUGAGUUACUGUCCCCAUCCUUUAAUGGUCCUUUUGGGCUGAAUAAAUGGAAGCAGGAUUGUGUCUGAAUGGGAUGCUCACAUGUUAGUCGAGGGAUGAGGAUGAUGGCUUAACUCGAGGACGUCUUUCCUGUUGUGGGAACCCUCGGGGCAUUUGUUAAGGCAACGAGGGCACCAGGAGAAUAGCUGUGGCGUUGAGCAACUGUGGGUCUUGCGAGCGCACUGUCCUAACCUUGUUCUCCGUCAAACUCUGCCGCCGCCCCCUCCUCUCACUGCCUCCAGGGUUUUGCCAAAGCAAAUAUGUUUUGAGUUGUGUAUCCUUCUCAGUGCUUAGCGGCACCCUUUAAACGGAAGGUGUUUCUUCUUAAGAGGCAAACCUAGCAGCCCGUCAUGCUGCAGGCACUUGUGACAUUUCUGCUCAGGAGGAAACGUUAGCAUUACAUAAAGGCAGAUGGCACCUUUUUGGAUGGGCUCUGGGUAAAGGAGCCUGUGGCGCUUGGGGAAAAUAAUCUCCACUUUUUUGGGGGGGGGAUUCUACUGUACUCGGAUGUAAGGGUAAGUUGUGUCAGUACGAUUGCAAGGUAGAAACUGAGUAUGCCUCUACAGUUGAGGGAGAAGGCAGGCAUCAGAAAGAUUUCUGGAUUCAAAAACGCUCAUGCAGCUGUUGCACAAGUUUGAAUGCCUCUGUGCACUUGGGGUUUGGGUAGAGCUUGAAUGCCUGGGUAGCUCAGUUGGUUGGAGCGUGGUGCUGAUAAUGGCAAGGGACCCCUGACCAUUAGGUCCAGUUGUGGCCGACUCUGGGGUUGUGGCGCUCAUCUCGCUUUAUUGGCCGAGGCAGCCGGCGUACAGCUUCCGGGUCAUGUGGCCAGCAUGACUAAGCCGCUUCUGGCGAACCAGAGCAGCGCACGGAAAUGCCGUUUACCUUCCCGCCAGAGCGGUACCUAUUUAUCUACUUGCACUUUGACAUGUGUGUGUGACGUGCUUUCAAACUGUUAGGUUGGCAGGAGCUGGGACCGAGCAACGGGAGCUCACCCCGUCAUGGGGAUUUGAACCUCCGACCUUCCGAUCGGCAAGUCCUAGGCUCUGUGGUUUAACCCACAGCGCCACCCGCAUCCCGAUCCCUGUAUAGGACAACUGCAUAUUCCUGCAUUGCAAGGGGUUGGACCAGAUGAUCCGCAGGGUCCCUUCCAGUUCUAUGACUAGAUUAAUUGUUAGUGAGGGGAAGAGUCUGUUGAAUGAGUGGUCUUCUGAGCCGGUCAUGUGGCACAGCAGCAGGUUGUGGCCGCCAAAUCCAAGGUCUUUGAUUCGGGCUUGAAUGACUGGCAGUCACGCAGCUUUGUUUAUCUGAAAGGCCGUCAGAAUGUCUAGAAUGAUGCUUGCUUAGUAAAAGACUGACGUAGCCAAAAGGGCUUGCUAAUUAAAAGAGGCAUGGCUUAAUGUGAAGGGGAAAUACGAGCAGGCCUUUUAAGCUUCCUGUAAACUACAUUUGUAUAAAAGGUUUACUAGAUGGCUGGGCUGUUGGUAGAUACGUCUAGACGGCUUUCUCUUCCGGGGAUCUGUUUAGGCAGUCCUGAUGGUAGCCCAGGUGCUUAGGGGAGCUGCGCUACUACAGUGCUGCGCAGGUAUCAGCAGAGAGCUGGCAUGGGUUUGUGCAGUCCACAUGAAUGGUUUUCCAUUUUCACAGGUCAGUUGUCCACAUGCCAUUCGCCUAGGAGUUCAUCCAAGUGCACAACAACCUUAAAUAUUGAACAAAAUACUGUGGGAACCUUGUUGCCACGUCUGCCGUUUGGCAGUUGCAAACCUUCCUGUUUUGUAUGUUUAAAAGAAGAAGAAAAAUGUGCAGAGUAUUCAUGAACUGGGGAAAGCUCUCUGGCCUUAAUAAACGCUGAAAGCGACCUUCCUAAGGAGAAUGUGCAUUCAAGAGCUCAGAAGUGGCAAGGCUCUCUUGACCAUGUGCGCCAUAUCCGCCUGCAUAAAGGCUGAUAAAGGCAAGUACAUACAUGUCACACGUGGCGGCAGAGGGAAGCGGUCCCUUGGUAGUUCUGCAAUGCUGGCAGAUGUCUUUUCAAACACAGGAAGCUGCUUUUUACCAGGUCAGAGUGUUUGCCUGUCUAGCACAGGGGUAGGCAACCUAAGGCCCGGGGGCCAGAUGUAGCCCAAUCGCCUUCUAAAUCCGGCCUGUGGACGGUCCAGGAAUCAGAUUGUUUUUACAUGAGUAGAAUGUGCCCUUUUGUUUAAAAUGCAUCUCUGGGUUAUUUGUGGGGCAUAGGAAGUCGUUCAUUCCCCCCCAAAAAAAUGUAGUCCGGCCCACCACAUGGUCUAAGGGACGGUGGACCGGCCCACAGCUGAAAAAGGUUGCUGACCCCUGGACUAGCACACCCUUGUCUGCUGGCAGCAGCUCUCUUAUGGCAGGGGUAGAGAAUUUCAGGACUCCUACCCAGGUCACACAUACCCUGCAAUUAUCUCCAUCACAUCUUCCUUGGGAGUUUUUGCCUGGCUGGAAAGUGUCCUUGAACCCCCAUAACACUUUUUUGCUUGCCUGGAUGGAAGAGAGAGGGCUGCUCCAAAUAACUCCUUUAUUCAGCGUACACUCUCAGUUUGUUUAUGGGGACAGCUAUAUGACAAUGAACGUUCAUUCUGGUUUGCUUGCAGAGUGCUUGCGCUUCUCUUCCCGUUUAAUCAUUUGUUUCCCCUACAUUUUUCACUCUAUCACCUCAUCACUUUGCAAACCACAAACUCUGCUGCCUUUUUUAAAAAUAUAAAGUGGAUUUGCUGUGCUAGGGUGACAGUGCUCCAGUCCAAUUUAGCUGUGCAAACCUUACGUUCCAGUAUGCGCUUGAAUGCUUCCCACAAAUUGGUAGCAGUCUCUUAAGCACCCAGGAGGGUGAAUGAAUGUGCGUAGAAAUUAGCCCACUGCACAGAGGUAACAUUUGCAUUAAUUGCCCUCCUCACCUUUGCCUUCAGCCCCUCCCACCACUGGCAUGUGGCUGCCCAGAAGGAUAGCUCAGUUCGCUAGAGCAUGGUGCUGAUAACGCCAAGGUUGCAGGUUCAAUCCCCUUAUGGGACAGUUGCUUAUUCCUGCAUUGUGUGGGCUUGGACCAGAUGAUCCUGAGGGUCUCUUCCAGCUCUACAGUUCCAUGACAUGCAAUCCUCUAGCUGGAAGAGGUUCCCCACCACCAGCCCACUGCACACUUUAGGAUCUCAGAUCUUCCCCAUCACCUGCUCCUCUGAUCCUUUUAAUGGGCAACACCAGGGUUCGAACCUGAUUCCAUUUGCAUGUAAAACAUGUGCUUCCCCACUUAGUCAAGGCCUCUCCCCUGCUAACUUCCCAUCCUGUGUUGUCAUAAGGAUCUUAUAAUCAAACCGACUGUGGGGCGGAAAUUCUAAACACCCGCUUUACUGUGUGGCCAGCUUUUAAUGUACAUUGAAUUCAGCACAGAAGUUCUGUGUUUUUGGUGACUUAACCCCUCCGGUUUAUAAUUUGUGCCUUCUUAUUGUAAGCUACCUUCAGGAGGCAGCAAGUGUUAAACAGCAUGGCAGCAGAGGCCACAAAUGAGGCUGGAGCUCCCUGCCGACGGUUCCCGCUUUCCAAAUUUAGCAUCCGCCUUGGGAGCUGUGACAGUGGACCCCAAGCUACUAGCUUGUGCCCAGCUCCUGACCACAGCAGAGGAAUUUUAAUUGGGUCUCUCCUGACUCCAGGCAGUGAUUAAAACAGAGGAAGAACCCACUGAUCUUGCUCCUCCUUCUCUCCUCUGUAGUGUUAAUGAGGCAAAAAGCCACUGGCUGUGAAUAAAGACAGAGCAGAGCGGCAUAGGCAGGGUAGGAGAGAUCAAAAGCCCAUCUUUUGCCAGCAAGAAGAGAACGUAUAUGUUUGCCCUGGAAGGCUGGGGGGAGAAGCUGCUGCAUGACACUGCUGCACGCGCACACAUACACGUACGGCACUGUACAAGCUGCAGUGUGUUGCAGUGGCAUCCCUCCCUUCAGAACGUCUUGCAUUAGGGAGCCAGAAGUAUCACCAAAUCUAGCUAGUGGCUAUAGCUAAACCUGUGUGUACAGUCAUACCUCGGGUUGAAUGUGCUUCAGAUUGAGCUCUUUCGGGUUGCGCUCUGUGGGAACCCGGAAGUAACGGAGCGUGUUACUUCCAGGUUUCGCCGCUCGCACAUGCGCAGACACUCAAAAUGAUGUCAUGCGUGGAAGCGGCUAAAUGCCUCACGCGCAGACACACCGUCGCGCCUUACGUUCCAUUCAGGAUGCGAACGGGGCUCCGGAACGGAUCCCGUUCGCAUCCCGAGGUACCACUGUAUAUUCUGUGUGCAUAUAUAUACAAUGGUACCUCGGCUUAAGAACUUAAUUUGUUCUGGAGGUCUGUUCUUAACCUGAAACUGUUCUUAACCUGAAGCACCACUUUAGCUAAUGGGGCCUCCUGCUGCUGCUGUGCCGUCGGAGCAUGAUUUCUGUUCUCAUCCUGAAGCAAAGUUCUUAACCCGAGGUACUAUUUCUGGGUUAGCGGAGUCUGUAACCUGAAGCGUCUGUAACCCGAGGUACCACUGUACAUAUAUUUAAACCUGCACCCUUGUGGGACAUCUUUGGGAGAAGAAAGGGCUAAGGAGUAAACCCUACACAAAUCCGGCGUGGAGUCCUUAAGACAGUUUGAUGGUGCCUUGUACGCCUCCUUCCGGCAACUCCUGCAGCCAAGCUGAUACCAAAUGUAUUGCUCUGAUUUCCUUCGGACCACAUCAGUGAGGCUGAGAAGGGGGUCAUGUCUGGGCAGCCCAAGACCUCCAUAUACAUUUGCCGAGGCUUCCACCCUGGAGAGGUCCCUACGCAGUUUGACUUCAUCCCUGGAGGGACGCUCUCUCUCAAGACAGACAGAUGCCAACAACAUUUUUUUAAAAAAUGAGAACUCCCUGCCAGAGAAUAGUGAAUUCUGCAACCCGAAUAAAUUAUUCAAAUGAAGCAAAUCUGCAUCCUUUCACUUUCCUUUUUGGAGAAGGGCAAAGAACCGUUCAAUGUGCUGAAGCCCUCUUGCCCCUUGAGUGCUCAGCACACCCUGCCCCACUCAACAGCUUCUGAGAUUUCUCCAUGCGUUUCCCCAUGCACGCACAAGCACAUCUUCACAACCGUGUAGGCUGGAAAUUGCACCAGUUCUCAGAACCGCCGAGAGGGGUGGGGUGGGGAAACUGAAACUGGAAUAUCACGGACAGCAACUCAGAAAUGGCUUUGUCAGAAGACUAAGAGUUUUUCAGACCCUGCUUCUGGUUGUCCUAGAAGCAUUUGUCUGGUCUCCAUGGAUGUUUGCUAGAUCCAGGGCAUGGGGCCGUGAUGCAAAUUAGCAUAAUAAUAAUAAUAAUAAUUUAUUUAUACCCCGCCCAUCUGGCUGAGUUACCCCAGCCACUCUGGUUGGCUCCCAAUUAAGUGUUAAAAACAAUACAGCAUUAAAUAUUUAAAACUUCCCUAAACAGGGCUGCCUUCAGGUGCCUUUUAAAAAUAGGAUAGCUGCUUAUUUCCUUGACAUCUGAUGGGAGGACGUUCCACAGGGCGGGUGCCACUACCGAGAAGGCCCUCUGUCUGGUUCCCUGUAACCUCACUUCUUGCAAUGAGGGAACCGCCAGAAGGCCCUCGGAGCUGGAUCUCAGGUAAAAAGCUGCAUAUGAUAUGCUAAUUUUUAUAUGUAGUUGCAGAUUUCAUUUACCUCUUGAAAAGAAAACCACCUUGUAAGCAAAGGGUUAAAAAGAAACUUAAAAAAGGGAGAAAGGGCAGGAGAUCCAACCUGUCCUUGUCGAUCCCUGUAAGGAAAUAUGCUGCACUGGGCCCUGAGGCUGAUAGAGUGAAGCUGCUGUCAAAAUCUCUCAGUCCUAGACUUCUUCUGCAGGGAAGCUGUCUUGGCCCAUCUUCUGACUUGGACACUGAAAAGCCCUAGCCUCAACAAGGAAAUACGCUUUUCAAGUAUGCGGAAAGGACAGUUGUCACCUUUCUUUUCAGUCAUUUGCAGGGCUGAGUUCACGCUUCAAUUUCAGACGUAGUCAUGGCAGUGUUCCCUUCUGUGUUUUGAUGCCUACCCACCCAGAGAAAGUGCGCACGGCCCAAAGUCAAAGUCCUGCUUCUCUGUGUGGAGAACAUGGUUCUUCGUAACGAUGCCAAUAAAAAUCAAAGGAGCUGUUGCACAACUGCAUUAUUUUAAGUCCCUCACCCCCUACUGCCACAAUAACGAAGAAUAGGGCCAUAUAGUGUCCAUAAAUAUAUUUGUCAGGGGGCGGGGGGGGGGGGGAACUACACAGAAAAAUUAGGAAAGCCUAUGCCAUGAAAUUUCACAUUUGCUGUGUUGGCAUCCCACAAAAAUAUAACGGCCCCCCAAGAAAACAGUGACGCAGCUGCCUGUGAUUUCUCCUGCAAAAUGUUGAGUAAUACGUGAAAGGAGGAAAGGGGUUGGGAGAGAGGGGUUGGGCUGUUGCUCACGUCCAUUCCAUGCCACAGCCAGUCUUAACGGAUGUCAAAAGAGUUUGGCCGGGGGUGGCUUGGUGCAAGCUGGCUGGGCCUGAUGAAAGUUGUAUUCCAAAAUAUGUGGGAGAGUUUCUAGCUUGGAGAAGGCUGCUUCUGAGGUACUGCAGUCCCUACAUUUAAUAUCUGUGGUCUUGCUUGCAUUUCACCAACUGAAUAGCUCAGCUGGUUAGAGCGUGGUGCUGAUAACGCCAAGGUUGCAGGUUCGAUCCCCGUAUGGGGCAGCUGCCUAUAUUCCUGGGGGUUUGGACUCCAUGAUCCACGGGGUCCCUUCCAACUCUGCAAUUCUGUGAUUCUAUAUCCAGCCUCCCUCUCUCCGCAGAUGGCUCUCCUACCUCUUGCUCUUCAUCCUGGACUUGGUGAUCUGCCUUAUUGCCUGCCUGGGCCUAGCAAAGCACUCCAAAUGUCUGCUUAUUGUGUGAGUACAGGAUUCUUGCACUUGGGUUAGUUGACCGGAGCAGGCAUUUUGUCACUCUCACGCUUCCUUAAUGCAAUCUCUCGUUUUAUUGUUUGUUAGGGUUUGGAUUUUGUUUCAGGUCAUUUUUAUUUCAUUAUGUAUUGUUUCAUGUUGGGACCCUGCUCUGGGAUUGAUUUUACCGGAGAGUUGGGCUAUAAGUCUCCAUAGUUGUCCCUAGGCUCAUUUUGGGCGCUGCAUCCACAGUCCUUCCCUGCUGUGCCUCCAUUCUACGUCUGUAAAAUAGGUGCAGUCGCAACCUGCUUUACAGGUACGUUGUAAGGCUGCGGGCAGCGAGGACCAGAAGCCGCUCAUUGCGCUAAGCGCUGUGUACAUAAGUGGGGGGGGGAGGGGUUCCUGUCUCAACACCUUCUCAGCGAGCCCCGCUUCUGUCCACUGACUGUUUUGCCUUUUGUCCACAGGAUUCUGUGCUGUGGGCUUUUCACACUCAUUCUCAGCUGGUCUUCCUUUGCAGCAGAUGUUUCAGGAGCGGUGGUAAGCACAAAACCUGGGACGUGGCUUCCCACUUCUUCUCUCCUCCCUUGUGUUAUAUCUGAGGUUGCUUUAAGAGCUGGAACGAUAUCUGUGUGCCUUACGAUGGCUUGUGUUUUGUUUUUGUGCUCCCUUCCUGGAUAACCUGGUAGUUCUGGCUGGUGAUAACCUGCCUAACCCGAGCUUCCCAGCAUGUGAGCUGCUGAAGCCUUCUGAUUUCUGGAUGCAUAUACCGUAUUUUUCGCUCUAUAGGACGCACCCGACCAUAGGAAGCACCUUGUUUUAGAGGGAGAGAACAAGAAAAAAAAAAUCCCCCCCUCUCUGCGCUGCGCCUUAGCUGAAGGGGCACCUACCCUUCAGCGAAAGGAACCCGAAGCCUCCAGAGCAGAACCCAAAGCCUCAGGUGGCUAUCCUUGAAGCCUGGAGAGUGAGAGGGGUCGGUGCACACCAACCCCUCUCGCUCUCCAGGCUUCAGCGAAAGCAACCAGAAGCCUCUGGAGCACGGUGGGAGCACUCCCACUGCGCUUCAGAGGCUUCGCAUUGCUAUCGCUGAAGCCAAGGAGCCUGAAUUCGCUCCAUAUGACGCACACACAUUUCCCCUUAAUUCUUGGAGGGGAAAAUGUGCGUCUUAUAGAGCGAAAAAUACGGUAAGCCAGGGCAAACAUUUUGGUCCUCUCGCUAUGCCUACCGCUGUCCUUUUUGUAGUUUUGUUUCGUUUUGUUUCCAGAGGAACGACACCUCUUAACAGCAACAGCAUCCUUUUAUUUGUAUCCUGCUUUUCCAUAUUUAAAAAUGAUGCUUGAGGCGGCUGACAGCAUAAAAAGAUUUACAUCAUUAAAAACGUAAGAGUAGCCAUAAACAAUAAACAAAACACAUCAAAAAGUACGCUAACUACCAAAUAGAAAUUGCCAUGUAAAACGUAAGAUUUAAAUAUAAAGAUACAAAGAAUUCCACAACAGCAACAAAAACCCCUAAACAAGACCCCAACCCAAGAGUCUGUUCAGCAGCCUCAGACUUUUGUAGCUGGAGUCAGUCAGGGCCCCUUUUUUGUAGCUGGAGUCAGUCAAGCCAGGUGGGAAAAGGCCUGCAAGUCAGGGAGCAGCUCUUCCAGGACUCACAGCCAAGAUGCUCUUAGUUCCAUUUUCAUUUAUCACAAACAUGUACUGGGAUUCCCACUGCCAGCCUGAUAGGGAGUACGAAGGGGGUCAGUUAUUAAAGUGCAAUAAGUGAUUUUGAGUAAGCUUCCCUAAGUUGUCCAACUGCUCAGAUUCAGUCUGCAUGAUUCCGUUUUGAUUUGGCACAGGGCAGUCAUUGCUGUCAGGCUCAUGGAUUUGCCAGCCCCCUUUCAAAAGCUCUCAUUAUGUGUUGUUCAGGUAGGACUUGGGUUUAGCAUAUCUUCUGCUGGUGGUUCAGGGGAGGCUGGUACCCGGUUCCUUUUCUGUUAUUUACAAACUGGUUUUUACUUUUAAAUGUGUGUGUGUGUGUGUGUGUGUGUGUGUGUUACUGCUACUGCUGGCUCCUCCCCCUUUUUUUUUUUUGGUGUUUCAGAUUUGCUUUGUGAGUGCAAUAUGAACGAAAGGCAAGGUGGAAAUGCCUUAAAUUUAAAAAGUCAAAAAUAGUUCCAUUUUUCUCCAGCACUGGAGGCAGGAGGUGUUUUACAAGCCUCUUUGUUGAUGUGCUCUUAUUAACCACCCCGAAAGGUUGGUUUUGUGGCUGAGAGGCCACCAGAAGCACCUCACACUUGCGUGUGCACACACACACACACACACACACACACACUCGCACAUAUGUAUGAAUGCUGUAGAUAACAGGAGAGGAAUUGGAAGGGUAAUAUAGAAAUCAAAUGUACCUUCAUAGAAAGUGCUAAAGUCUUAAAAGCAGUUGCCUGUUUUAUGGGGUGGGUGGAUAAAAAAAUCAAUGAUUUUUAAAAAUAAUUUUUUUAAAAAAAUUGAUUUUUUUAAAUUUAAAUUGAAUUUUUAAAAUAAAAUGCUUUUGGAGGAAAAAUCUUUCUAAAGAUAGUUUUCUAUUUAAGUUGCAUUUUAGUCCAAAGGAUAUUCAUCAGGAAAUAAGGAUUUAAGUUUUUCAUGUGUGCUAAAACUCAGUCUAAAUUUUUUUUUUUUUUAAAAUGUUUAACCACAUCAGUUAACAAACAUGUAUACAUAUGCUGUAAUGUUCUUGUUUUAGUUAAAUAAAUUGUUCAAAUUGUUAUUAGGGAAAUGAUUAUUUAUUUUUCUCUUUCCAAUAAAAGCACAGCGGAAAAGUUGUCCAAAUAUAAACAGUUAACUUAUUAAACCUGCACAAUAAUUUCAUAAUUAUCUGUCUAUUUGUUUCCAAUAGUAUAACCAUAUCAGUAGUUUUUGAUAUAACUGUAAAAACUACUCUGAAAAUUUAUUAUUCCAAAAGUGAAACCUUCACCUGGUUGUAAAUAUUAAGAUUAUACCAGCAAGAAUGAGCCUUUUUGUAAAAAUAAAAACAAAAAUGAUUUAAAUCAAGUCUUACUGACUAGUGAUUUAAAUCGUGGUUUUAAUCAAAUCCACCCUGUCUACAGGUGUGGUUUUUAGACACACAUACCUGUAAUGAAAAUUGCAUUCUCUACACCAGGAUGUACUGGUUGAUUGUGGAAUGUCCCUCGUCGAUCCUGGUCGAUCGCGGGAUCCUGAUUCCUCCCCACCCCCCCAAAAAAGCAAAGGGGAAAAAGCUCAACAACUUUGAUGAAGCUUUCCCAAAAAAAAUUCUGGUCAAUCCAAUCGGUAGAUCACUGCCAGUUUUUUUAUAGUGGGAGUAGAUCACAAUCUCUUGGAAGUUAGACGUGCCUUCUCUACACUAACUGACAGCAGCCCUGCAGGGUUUCAGACAGGGAGUCUUGGCCUUACCUGCAGAUUCCAGGAACUGGAUCAUGUAGAUCAGUGGUUCUCAACCUGUGGGUCUUCAGAUGUUGUUGGACUACAACUCCCAUCAACCCUGAGCUCUGGCCUUGCUAGCUAGGGGUGAUGGGAGUUGUAGUUCAACAACAUCUGGGGACCCAAGAAAGGCUGAUGUAGAUGUUCUUGCACUGAGCUACAACCCUUCCUCCCCACCCAACCAGGUGUAUGACCUCCUCAAGUCAUACUUCCAGCCAUCACAGUGCCCCCCUUUUUAAAACUCUGUCUCUCAUAGGGUACCAGUGACUUCUGCAUGGCUCCAGAUAAGUUCAUCAUGAACAUGACGCAAAGCGACCUCAGUGCAGGUGAGAUUCCUAUGCCGUUUGGGUGGCGUGGGCGAUGCCUCGAUUGGGACAGAAGUUGGGUAAAGCGCAACAAACAUUGCCAUUUGUCUCGCCUGAACCUGUUUCUGCUCUCAGAUAGGCAUUGCUGUCCACAGGGUAUCCUUAGGGUGUACAGCUGCAGACUCGGAUCGAGGGAGGCCGCCAUACCUGUCUGAACAAAGGGCAUCCAAGGUCACACUUGUGCUUGUAUUGAAACAGACUUUUGGCUUUUAAAAUAUUCAUAAUAAUAAAAAUAAUUUAUUAUUUAUACCCUGCCCAACUGGCUGGGUUUCCUCAGCCACUCUGGGCGGCUUCCAGCAGAAUAUUAAAAUACAAUAACCUAUUAAACAUUAAAAGCUUCCCUAAACAGGGCUGCCUUCAGAUGUCUUCUAAAAGUCUGGUAGUUGUUUUUCUGGUGGGAGGGCGUUCCACAGGGCGGGUGCCACUACCAAGAAGGCCUUCUGCCUGGUUCCCUGUAACUUGGCUUCUCACAGUGAGAGAACUGCCAGAAGGCCCUCGGCGCUAGACCUCAGUGUCCGGGCAGAACGAUGGGGGUGGAGACGCUCCUUCAGAUAUACUGGACUGAGGCCGUUUAGGGUUUUAAAGGUCAGCACCAACACUUUGAAUUGUGCUCGGAAACGUACUGGGAGCCAGUGUACGUCUUUCAGACUGGUGUUGUGGUCUCGGCGGCUGCUCCCAGUCACCAGUCUAGCUUUUAAAAUAUUCAGCUUAGUUCAGGAAGGAAGCUCCAAUCCCUGGACCUCCAGGGACAUAGUAGCUUUAUUUUCGUAGCUGAUAAAACAUGCCAGGGCUGUCAAAACCUCCCCAGUUGCCUCUGGCCCACAAUAAAUGCAGAAUCUGUCUCUUUGCAAUCAGAAGUGGACAUGAAACGAGAACCAAGGAGCAUGUUGUGGCCUGUCAACACUUCUAAGACUCUCAAUGCAUCUGUCUCUCUCCUUGGUGGUUGGGAUAUUUUGAAACUAGUUCCUUUCAUGUAAAAUCCAAAUAAUAAAUUGCACAGUUUGGGCAGUUUUGAAUAAACCUGAGCUUUGAUUGCAGUGUUUGGAAGUUUUGUUGGGAUUUUGCUUAAAUGUUUUGCAUAAAUUUGGAGUGAUGAAGAAGAGGUGGAAUGAUGGUCUGUUACGUAGUGGUACAAAAACGUUGUAUAGGCCAUUUAUUGCUCUUGGACACUGUGUCAAAAGCUCUCUUGUGUUGUAUUUGCUGAAGACUUGUUGUUUUUCAGAAAUUGUGGGCACAACUUCACUCCAAUCCCCCCGCCUUUUUAGGACAAAACUACACAUGGGGGGCAUUUACAUGGGAAAAUCAGUGCAAGAAGCUUUAACAUCCCACCCCCACCCCUUUGCCAAUUAUGCUCUGCAAAUGACACAGUCACACUAAUGGGUAGACAGGCAUUCAGGGAACUACAUUUGUUAGCAUAAUGUUCAGUAUAACUGUUUUUUAACUGUUACACUUUUUAAUUUGCUUGUUUUAUUACAUAUUUUAAUUAAGGGCGUUUUAAUGCCCCAGUGGAUUUGUUGCUGUGUAUUUUAAUUACGCAUUGAUUUUUAUAGUUGUAAACUGUUUAGAAGCCAUUUUGGCAUAUUAAGCAGUAUACAAACUAAUAAACAGUAAUAAAUAAUAGGUAAAGGUAAAGGGACCCCUGACCAUUAGGUCCAGUCGUGGCCAACUCUGGGGUUGCAGCGCUCAUCUCGCUUUAUUGGCCGAGGGAGCCGGCGUACAGCUUCUGGGUCAUGUGGCCAGCAUGACUAAGCCGCUUCUGGCGAACCACAGCAGCGCACGGAAAUGCUGUUUACCUUCCCGCCGGUGCGGUACCUAUUUAUCUACUUGCACUUUGACGUGCUUUUGAACUCCUAGGUUGGCAGGAGCAGGGGACCGAGCAACGGGAGCUCACCCCGUCGCGGGGAUUCGAACCGCCGACCUUUUGAUCGGCAAGUCCUAGGCUCUGUGGUUUAACCACAGCACCACCUGCAUCCCAUAAUAAUAAUAAUAAUAAUAAUAAUAAUAAUAAUAGUCACCCGUAAUUAAAGCUGGAAUUCUUACAGAAUCAUGCCUCCAUAGCAGAUUCUGUGCUGUGGGGCACCAGGAAUAUGCGCAUCCUGGCCUUGUUUUCCUUUGUAUCCUGGGCUUGGCAGCUCUUUGGUCAGACCCAAGGCUUUCCUGCAGCACCUCCCUUCGACGCAGUAUUAUGCAGAGUCAGCGUUGUGAAAGGGAGACAAUUCUUUAUGGCGCUAUCCGAGCCACAAGAGGGUUUAUUGCAUUCCAAGCAGGCAGAUUCCCAGAUAGGAGAUGUGCUCAAGUUGGGUUGGGCUAAUAGGGGUGCCACUGUCCCAUUGACCUAUGGACCCUCUUCUUUGCAGAGAUUGUACGGUACUACCUGUAUUGCAGCCAGAGUCUGACCAACCCCUUCCAGCAGGUAAGAAAUGUGGGUACCCUGAUGAUAGGAACUCCCUGAUAGUAUGUCUUCAGUCUACCUGUACUGGAAAGAUCUAACAGGCUUAAAUUACAGGAGGGUGGACCGUAGUUGAACAUUGGAAGGAAACUUCCUUGGCAGUAAGAGCAGUUUGGCAAUGGAACCAAUUAUCUAGAGGGGUAACCAUGCCGAUGGUUUCCAUGCAGAGGCUGUUUGAGGCUGCUCUUGAGCUAGAUAGCCCACAGGGCUUCCUUCCAACUUUGCAAGAGAUAGCUGCACCCUCAUUCUAUGAAAGAACUCCCCAUCGCAUCGGAAGCUAAGUUUUGCGGAGUGGGGAGUUAGAUUUAUGGGUACCACACCUCUCCAGUAAAAGGAGUUUCCUUGCCUGAACUUGGGAAUUGCCUCACAAGUUCAAUCCCUGUUGUGGAACCCAUCCCUAGGGCUUCCCAAAAUCUGGUAAUCUUCAUGGAGAAGAGGAAAAGGAGAAGCCAUAAAAUGCUUCUAAGAGCCCGUAGGUCGAACCACCCAGGCUUCGCAGCGGGUUGGGGGGCGGGAGAGAGAGGCUAAAGUUUUGCCAUGUAAGGAGGGGGGCUGACUGGCUCCCAGGAUUUGGAAGAGGCUGGUUGUGUCGACUUGUAAAGCGGUGAAGACUUAGAACUUGUGGCCCUCUGUGUGAAAGCUUGGCUCAUGCAUUUUGUACUACAUUCCCUCUUUGCAGGCCUUGACCAUCUACCAGCGUUCUCUCACGACCAUGCAGAUCCAGAUCCAAGGCCUCAUGCAGUUUGCUCUCCCUCUUUUCCCUACAGCCGAGGUAAACAGCACAGUGCUUGGUUGUCUUAACGAAUCAGGGCUGCGCUAAGCCAUUUUGUGGAGCCUUCCAUGUCAACGUAUAUUGCGUAGAACUGGGCUGAAGCAGAUUUGUACUUUUCAUUUGCGAGAUUAGUUCUUGGCAAGGACCAGGCUGGCAAUGUGGGGGGGGGGGGGCGACACAAAUUGAACAUGGAGGUUGUUAGGUUCUCUCCUGGAGAGGCUCGAGGGUAUGGCAAGCGACAGAAAAGAUGUUGAAUGUAGGGCAAAAAGGUUGAGGCAAGAGACGAGUGGAGAGUGUAUUAACUUAUGGUCUGUGUUUGUGGUUUGGGAGCUGCACGGCCAGGGAAAAAACAAUGCUGUCCAGGGUUGUAAAGACUGCAGAGAGAAUAAUUGGGUGCACUCUUCCCACCUUAGAUCAAAUCUAUGCUGUCAGGUGCCAUAAGAAAGCUGCAGAGAUAGCGCAGGAUAGUGCGCACCCCGGAAAUGAUCUCUUUCAGCUUCUGCCUUCUGGAAGAAGGUAUAGGGUUAUAAAGACCAGGACUAGCCGCCUGAGAAACAGUUUCUACCCAAAUGCAAUUCUGGUUUUAAACGCAGUAUAAGGAGUCUCUAUAGUAUAUUGUAUUUAAAAAUGGAGUUUCAGAGUUUUUAGGGGUUUUUGAAUGUCUUAUGUAGAUUUUUCAAUUUCAUUGUUCUGUAUGGGACAAUGACAAUAAAGAUAUCAUAUCGAGCGCUCUGGGCAGCAGCUGGAAGCCAUUUUCAGAACACAGAGAAACUGCAGAGCAGCAAGAAUCAGUCAAGCUAGGAGCAACCCGAUCACUGCUCAGCACCUCUUGAACAAGUCAUAACCAGGGGGAUACAUUUAGGAACUAACGGUUGGCAGUUUGGUUCCUGAACCAGGUAAACUUCCUAGUUGCCUUCCAGACCAGGGUUCCAGCCUGAUGGUUUGUGACACAAGCCCUAUUCAAGCGUUUUCCCUCACACAAAUAAGUUGCGUGAAAAGGAGAGUGGGGGCUGUUCCUACUGGCCCCAUUCAUCCACCCACAGUCCAUCUGUUACGGAGCAGUGUGUGUGUGUGUGUGUGUGUGUGUGUGUGUGUGUGUGUAGAAAGGAGCCUGCUGUUUGCACAUAGUUAGAAGGGACCAGUUUGGGGCUCCCCCUUCCGGCCCUGUGUUUUGGGAAGUGUAUCCAGCUUCAUAGGGCUGCUAGGCCAUGUUGCAGCUUCACAGUAACCAUGCUCCUUUUCCUACCGCAAAUAUGUCUCUGCUUCCUCCUCCUCCUCGCCAACCCCCAACCCCCUUGCUGCAGAGAGAUCUGCUAGGCAUACAGCAGCUACUGAACAAAUCAGAGGGCAGCCUCCACCAGCUGACCGCCAUGUUGGACUGCCGGGGCUUACACAAGGUGAGCAGCGUAAGGCACGGCGUGCUGGGAGGUGUGGAGGAGGCAGUGUUGUGUGGAUUGGGGCCUGUUGGCACACAAGGAAUUGAGACGUUUCCCCUCCCUUCUUCCCCUCCUCAAAUUAAAGGACUACCUGGAUGCCUUGAUUGGGAUCUGCUACGAUGGGGUGGAAGGCUUGCUGUAUCUCAUUCUUUUCUCCCUCUUGGCUGCCGUGUCCUUCUCCACCGUCAUCUGUGCCGUGCCGCGUGCCUGGAAGCAUUUAGCCAGCAGGUAAAAUGGAAGAGGGUCUGCCAGGAGCACACAUGGGUAUGCUGGAGACAGAAUUGCUCAUUGCAGAUGGUGAUUUUAAAUGGGGAUGAAUGCAGUGGCAACAAUGGGUGCUGUCGCUCUGUAUGCUUGCUGCCUCUAAGCCAGGAGCUAUAUAACCAGGAUCACGGACUUCAUUCUCUCCCUCACCACAAGUUGGAGCUGUGCAGAUUUGAUGGUUCCUGUCAAAGAGCCUGCAGAGGCGUCCCAGAUACCACCCGAUGAAGCAAGAGUAGAGAACCUUUGGGGAUUUCCAGAUGUUGCUAGGCUGCAACCUAUGUCUUCUUGACCAUUGGCCAUUCUGAAUGGGUCUGGUGUGAACCCAGCAACAUCUGAAGGUCCACAGGUGUCUACAACUCAUGUCUUCUUGACCAUUGGCCAUUCUGAAUGGGUCUGGUGUGAGCCCAGCAACAUCUGAAGGUCCACAGGUGUCUACAACUCAUGUCUUCGUGACCAUUGGCCAGUAGAGGUUGGGUUGGUGCCUCAGUCCAGUGUUAAUUUAUUCCCUUUUCCUUCUGACUAGGGACCGGGAUUAUGACGACAUAGAUGAAGAAGACCCCUUCAAUCCGCAGGCCCGACGAAUUGCUGCCCACAACCCCAGCCGGGGGCAGCUCCGUAGUUUCUGCAGCUACAGCAGCAGCCUGGGUAGCCAGACCAGCCUGCAGCCUCCAGCACAGACCAUCUCCAACGCGCCAGUAUCAGAGUACAUGUGAGUAAAAGAUGCCUGGGGUACCAAACAUCAGCACUGAGGCUUCUGUCGGGGUCUGUAGAAUUCUCAAGGUCACUGCAGGGAUUGGCUAACGUUUUUGGGUGGCCCAGUAUGCUCAGGAGUGCCUUCCAUCCUCUGUUCUCCAUCCUUCGAUACCAUCUGUCCCUGCUGGGAUUCAUGCUGACUUUUCAUAUUGCUUCCAUCUUUCCAUCCCUCUUUUGAGAACCGCUGUGUUUCUCCAUCCCACCCUCUCGACAGCUGGCAACCCAGUAGCCCUUCUAUACUUGAUCCCUUGGACAGAUGUUCCCAACCGUCCAAUGGGUGAGCCGUCUCUGGCUCACUGAAAGAUACAGAGAAACAAAAGCUUUGCUUUUUGGAAGAAGUGUUUUUAAAGAGAAGCCUAUAGACACAGACCCUGAAAUGCUAAUGCAGUCAUACCUUGGAUCAUAAAUGCCUUGGAACUCGGACGUUUUGGCUCCCAAACACCGCAAACCCAGAAUUGAUUGUUCCGGUUUGCGAACGUUCUUUGGAACCCGAAUGUCCGAUGGGGCUUCCGCAGCUUCCAAUUGGCUGCAGGAACUUCCUGCAGCCAAUCAGAAGCCGUGCUUUGGUUUCCAAAUGUUUAGGACAGGCACCCCUAAACUCGGCCCUCCAGAUGUUUUGGGACUACAACUCCCAUCACCCCUAGCUGACAGGACCAGUGGUCAGGGAUGGUGGGAGUUGUAGUCCCAAAACAUCUGGAGUGCCGAGUUUGGGGGUGCCUGGUUUAGGAAGUCAAAUGGACUUCUGAAACUGAUUCCGUUCAACUUCCAAGGUACGACUGUAUCUAGAGAAGGUUUGAUUUAACACAGUCUCUUGUCUUCUGUACUGUGUUAGCGUCUAAAUUUGCAUCCUCUUUUACCAUGAUAUGGUCUUUUUCCCCACUUACUUUUAUUUUUGGAAGUUAGUCAUCCAGCAAGCGAGAAACAUGUGGCUUCUCUGUUUCAAAACAGCUCGAUUUGAGGUGAGGAGCCUUGCCCACUUAGCUCCUCCUUGCUUCCUCCGCCUGAUUCAUUUGUUUUCCUCAGUUUUCAUUCCUGGUAGAUUGGAAGGAGAUGAUGAAGGAAUGGCAAUAAACGAGGUUCAGGUUUAUACUUUGCAAAAGAAGGCACGCAUGACUACUCCCAGCCUUUCCAUGCACCUCUGGUAAUGUUUAGUUAAAACAACAUGUAUCCUGGUACCAUUUUUCUGCCCUCAGAGGGCAGUAGCCAGUGAAGUGUUGUUUGGGUGGAGGAACCCUGAGGACAUCUUUAGCUAAACAUUACAAAGAGGGAAGGCAUCGGUUGGCAGUUAUUUGGACCUCCAGUCAGCUGUUGAAGCUUUCUUAUUAGAGUUGUAUACUGGCAAUCUUUUCCCAUCAUUAGGCAGAUCUAACACUGGAUUGCCUUAACCUGAGUUGCUCUUGAUUGAUUGUUUUGAAGGAGGGGGAAAACAGUCCUGCUAGAAUGGCUAUUUGAAAAGUUUUAGAAGAGUGUCUGUUUUCCUAGAUGGAAGAGUAUGUGUUACCUGCAUUUUCCACCAUGUCUCAAAACACGCAUUGCAUCCAGUAUAUAUAUCUUAUUCUUUUCUAAAUAAUGAAUGAUGUCACGUGACUGAAGAAGCCUCCGUCACUCUUUCAUACAGGAAAGGGAAGCAGGGAGAUCAGCUGUUUGGCCACUUCCUUGGUCUUGGCACUCAAAAGUGUCUGAGCCAGAGUGUGGCUACAGCGGGGAGCAAAGGCCCAGAAUGAUUUUGAGAGAGAAUGAAUUGGUAGGGUGAUCUGGGUUCACUAGGCAGGAUAAGAAUUUAAGUAACCUUAAAUUAUUUUGGGAGGCAGUGAAUGGGAGCAGUCGAUGGGUAAUUCAGCUGAUACAGAGCACGAUCUGUUGCGAAGUUAAUUGAGGGUAAAUGAAUUGAAGAGGAACUAAUUUGGGGUGAUCUGGGGUGGGGUGAAAAUUAAUUGGAAAGAUUUGCCUGGAAGGGCAAAUUUGCUUGCCCUCUGUGACAUUUAAUUCUACAUUUGCAUCUGUGCAUAUAAAUUAGCUUACGCAAAUUUGUAGCUUUCGGCCCGUGCCUUGAAUCUUUUAAGUGCCUAGCAAUGCCCCAGGCCUGAGAUGAGCAGCACCCAAAUGAGCCACAACUUUCAAGCCAACAUUGGAGCCUGGCAGGGGAGGUCAUUGUACAACCCCUGGAAAGACCCCCACUCAUUUUCAUAGCUCCAAGGUUAGGAGGAAGGCUGAGGCUUGUCUCUGCUCACCGGAUGACGGCAACACACUUGUCACGACGAGUGCAAUGAGUGAAAAUGUGGAAAGAUCAUUAAAGUCCAGUUGAAGUUGCAGGAUUUGAAUCUUUAAUUUAAAAUAAAGUACACGUUUCAGAACAACGUUUUAAGUGUUUGCUAGUUUUGAAACAGCUGUGCCAAAACGCUUCCUUGUUGCGUGCGCCCAGUGCUUCUUGAGAGGGGGUGGGGAGUAAGAGAUUUUUUAUUUCCUGCACAUGUGUCCCAAAUAAGAACCCCAAUAAGCAGUCCUUAGCCAGCUGUUCCACAUCUGGGACAAGUGGGAGCAGAUUCACGCGCCCUGUUUCUAGCAUGCAACAACACUAAGUCCUUGCACGGAACAUUCCCUCCUAAGACUUACGUUACCUCUUGUAAGUCUCCAUGUGCAAGAAGAUAGGAACCUGGGGACAAGGUUUUCAAACUAGUAGUUUCCCUAUGGACGUUCAGAAAUUGGUACAGUCUCGUGAAUGGACUGUGGCACAAUAGUGCAUGCAUAGCUGCAUGUGGUAGAAUCGCUCUUGUACUGCCUCCUGAGCUGCUGGCUUGUUCUGAUUAAAUCUUCAUCAGGUUAGCACAGAGUUACCAUUCCUUCUCUUUGCUUGGAUAAGACUUGAGAAUUGCUAGGCCCAGAGGUGGGCAGGAAGUGGAUUGCAUCCCAUUCUUAUCUUUCGCUGGCUGACUUCUAGUAGACCAAUGGAAGAACACACACACCCUUUAAUUCAUUGCUCUAGUCUCUCAGCUCUUUCUAGCCUGUCCCUCACCUCUGCCAGCAUCCCUCACUGAGGUAAACGGGUACCUCUAGAAAAUGGAGGAGCUGCUUGCCAGCAUGAGUCCUUUCUGCUUCAUAAGUUCCACCUAUAAAGGGCAGAGCUGUGGAAAGAUCCAGGUAUUGUGUCAGCUGGUACAUUCCUCCAUUCCUCACUCCUUGUUGUGGUGUGAGGUAAAGUAAAAGGGAAGAUAUUAGUCUUCUAGAAAUCAUAGAGGUCAACCAACUGAAAUUCCCAGGUGUGAAAAAGGGUUAUUUAUGUAUGCCACUACUGCAGCCUGUGUUUUGUUAGGCCAAAAAUGGAAAACAAGCGAGGUCCCAAACAAAGAAGAGUGGCAACUUCAGUUGACAGAAUAUGUGAAGCUUGCAGACUUAACAUAUAGAAUAAGAGAACAUAGACGAACAUAUGUUUAGAGAAGAUUGGAAAAUGCUUAUUGAGUAUAUGGGAAAUAACUGUGUGCCGCUGAAAACGCUGGCAGCAUUAAGAUAAAUUCAACAGUGCAAAUAAAUUAUGGUGGAUGCAAUAAUGGAAUACUGAAUGGUAUAGUUUCUGUAAAAUAUGCAGGGAUUUAUGAUAUGUAAAAUGAACCGUGGAAAGAGAAGAUGGGAAGUCACUGAUAUUUUAAGGAUGUAAAAACGAGUAGUUUAAAUUGUAAAACAGAAAAUUUAAUAAAAAUUUAUGUACAAAAAGGAAAGAAAGAAAUCAUAGAGGUCAACCAAACGGACUGUGGCUGACGUUCUGCCACCUCUGCACCAGGCCAGCAACAUUUUUUUAGUUGAAUAGAUUGUCUCUGCUUCAAAGAACAGGAUUGGCAUUAUUAAAACUAGCAUUAUUAAAUUGGCGUCUCUUCUUUCCCGUCUUCCUCCUCUGUCCCCUACCCACAACUCGAGUCGGUUGCUUGUGUAGGAAUGUAACGGGGAUUGUUUCCUAGCCGCAGGCUCAGAACGGAGUUCGUUUCAACAGACUGCCCUGCUGAUCUUAACUCCUCUCUACCUGCAGGAACCAAGCUGUGCUCUUUGGUGGGAACCCACGCUAUGAAAACGUCCCACUGAUUGGAAGAGGAUCGCCUCCCCCCACGGUACGGUGGGCGUCGGAGGCCAAAUCAUUUUUAUAACAGACCCUCUUUUUUAUUAUCAUUUCCUCUGCUUUUACUAACCUCUCUAUAUUAAAAUGCAUUUUUGAAAAAUAAUUUUUUUAAAUAAAAAAAAACCCGGGACGAGAAAGCCUCCUGCUUUUUGUCAAACGCCAAAAUAGUUUUGUUUCUGAUGCUAGAGAUGAGGAAAAGAAGCCCAGGGGGGAAACCUCCCCUGAAUGCACACCUUUCAGGGGGAAAAGACGGUCCUUAACCCAGAGAUUCAUAUCUGCUGGAAGGUGAAAACUGCUGCAAGAAGUCCUGCUUUUUUGAGCCCGGCAUUUCUUGUUCCCACAGCUGUUUUAGCGCUCUCACCUUUUGGCAACACAGGGUGCAGUCCAUUGAGACUGCAUCCUUGCAGGCUAAGCUAUGGGCAGCUUUGUAACAAUAGGGCAGAGAGCAACUCUGUGUUAUAAUACUGGUACUUCGCAGCCCAUGGUGUGAGGUUAUAUCCUGCAAAUGUUUGCCGGUUUUGCCAAUAGAUGUCUAUGACUUUGCAUUACCUUUUCUGUGUGUUGUAUAUAUUAGCAUGUGACACAGUGCCAUAAAAAAAAUAAUCCCUGUGUGCAUUUAAACUUGUGUUCAACUGCUCAAGUUCUAACCAUCUAGAACAGGUAUCCCCAACCUGCGGUCCUCCAGAUGUUUUUGCCUACAACUCCCAUGAUCCCUCGCUAACAGGACCAGUGGUCAGGGAUGAUGGGAAUUGUAGUCCAAAAUAUCUGGAGGGCCAAAGGUUGGGGCUGCCUGAUCUAGAAGAUGAGUAUAUACUCUUUGCUUGCUUUUUUCCUCCUUUUUUGUUUUUUAAUAAUCCUUCCAUGUUUUUCUGCAAACUUGCUUCACUCUUAAGCAAAAGCUCUUUAUUAAGUUUGGCAUAACGUUCCUUUGAAACACAUCUUGCCUGCUAACUUUUGCUUUGUUUUUGCAUCUCCUGUUUUGGAGCUAUGUUGCCCUUCAAGAGUAAGUUGCUUAUCUGUUUUCUGUUUUUUCUUGGUUUUGGGGCUGGAGUUGGCUUAUUUUCCCUCCCUGGUGAUUUCCCGUCACUUCCCUGCGUGCUGUACGUUUCCCCUGACCCUCAUAAACAUGGGAACCUCCAGAAUUCAAAGUGUUCCUGUAGUCUUUUGAUUUGCAGUAGGUGUGCUUAGUUUAGUGGAUUCCAUUGGAUGAAACUGGAGGUUUUCCCCAGAAUGGGAUAAUGCAAAAAACAAAGCUUGGUAGUCACCCAGAAUUUCAAGCUGCUAGGGUUGAGAUUUUGCAUUACUGAGGCCUGCUGCAUACCAUACUUUUCUGUCUAUAAGACGCCCCCAUGUAUAAGACGCGCCCAUAUUUUUGGGGGCUCAAAUUUAAGAAAAUGGGGAGAGAUGGCACAGAGUUGUUGAGCUUUUUGGGCGGGGAUUACCCACGGUGGUUGAGCUUUUUUUAGGGAGGAUUGCCUCAACUGCACACAUGGGGGAAUACACCUCCUGUCUGUCCCAUCAUCGGCAGAAGCUGCCAAUCACCCGCCCAACUGCCAGAGCGUCAGCCAAUCAACACCACCCAUUGACGCAGCAACCAAUAACACGCACAAUAGCCUCUGACAGCCGCGGCAGCAACCAAUCAAACAUCCACCCUAUGCACUAUCUAUGUAUAAGAUGACCCCCACUUUUUAGCAUGAUUUUUAAAGAAAAAAAAUAGUCUUAUACACGGAAAAGUACAGUAUAUUUUGGGAAUGGUGUUGUAAUUAGAGCAGGCAUAGGCAAACUCAGCCCUCCAGAUGUUUUGGGGACUAUAACUCCCAUCUUCCCUAGCUAACAGGACCAGUGGUCAGGGAUGAUGGGAGUUGUAGUCCCAAAACAUCUGGAGGGCCGAGUUUGCCUGUGCCUGAAUUAGAGCAAUUAAAAAAAACACAAAAUCCUUUGAUUAGUUUACAGGUCAAAUGAUCCCCAACUCUCAGCAUGCUGAGAACCUGUAAAGUGUGAAUAGGGUUGGUUGUUGUUGUUUUGGAAUAAACAUUUGCCCAAGCAAAUGCUGCUUUGAAUAGACAAUUAGUAGAAGCUCUUCAAAUAUGGCACAAUGAAACAUCAGUGCGGCAGUUUCAUUCUGCUUUACCCAGCUAGGGAUUUCCCCCUGUUCUUCGUAGACCAAUUCCCAUGGAGUUUACUCAUGAUAAUCUAUUGCACACAAAAAAAGGGGGGGAAGAGUCGUGACACCUUAAAAGACUAAAAGAUUUACCAUGGUUUAAGUUUUUUGCAGACAAAAGUGGGGUAGAAGGGAUUGAAAAUGUUAAAAGGCAGGUUCUUGCAUGAAGCUGCCAUGUUGGAGUUCAUUGGCAGGUUUGAUGGCAGCAGAACGGGGCUCAAUGGGGAUUGGGAAUGGCUUGCUCACUUACAGAAAGCAAUAAUCUUUCCUUACGUGUUUUAUGUGCAUUAUUCAUCAUCACUUAAGAGUCGAUCCUCCUUACUCUGCAUCUUGAACUCCUUUGACUGAAUUUCUUUUGCAACUCAUGCUCAUAAUGUGGCACUCGCAUUGCAUGCAUGCCUUGGGCGUCUCUGGCUGCACUUUGCAAUAACAACUUUCCACCAUCACCACCCUCCACCUGCCAAAUGAGGACAGAACUUUGUGCAUGUGAUAAAGCGGGCUCUGUCCCACGAGGGCUUUUGUCACUGGGAAUCUGUUGGCCUUGAAGGUGCUGCAAGACACACUCUUUUUUGCCUUGUGCAAACAGGGCCCUGCCUCUUUCUGAGUUAAAGAGCUCAAUUUAGAGCAGAAAGGGAGGGGGAAGUCCCAUUUUCAAGCAAAGCAAAAGGCACCUGAGGGCACCAAACACCUGCUCUUAUGCUAUCUAGACGAGUGUUUCCCAACCUUGGGCCUCCAGCUGUUUUCGAACUACAAUUCCCAUCAUCCCUGACCACUGGUCUUGCUAGCUGAGGAUUAUGGGAGUUGUAGUCCAAAAACAGCUGGAGGCCCAAGGUUGGGAAAUGCUGAUCUAGACAACUUAGGUCUCCAGCUGUUUUUGCACUACAGUUCCCAUCAUCCCUGACCACUGGUCCUGCUACCUAGUCAUGAUGGGAGUUGUAGUCUAAAAAACAGCAGGAGACCCAACUUGGGAAACCAUGAAUUAGAUGUACACAUUGGCCAAUUAGAGAAGGAAUUGCAUUCUAACUAUAAAAUCUCCACUGGAAUAACUCCAAAGUAACAAAACAAAACAAAAUUAUGCAUCAGUAAAAGAAGUUUGCCUUAUUUUGCAUCAUCCAGUAACUCAGUUUAGAGCAUUGCUGCAAAUUAUAUUUUUGAUGCAAGCAGGACACUGAGCCUCUUUGAUGAGGUGUUCAGCCAGCCACUCCAGAAUGUCAUUAUUUCAUUCACCCCAAAUGUGACUAAAUCAGUGAUGGGGGACCAGCGGCUCUCCCAUUUCGUUUCAUUUUUUCAUUUCACUUUUAAUCUGUAUACCGCCUUUCUAUAUUACUAUACACCAGGUGGUUUACAAGUUGAAGAAACAACAAAGAUCACAUGCACCUUAUAACAAUCUGAUCCAAUACGAAAUUGUCACAAUAGAAACAUAACUUUCAAAUAAACAACUUGUUUCAAAUAAAGUAAUGUUCAACCAGCCAUCAGAAUAUAACAGUGCAAAAUAAAAUAAAAUAUCAGGAAGUAAUAAUUAAACAAACUCACUCUUAACAAUUGCAAUAAAUAAUUUCUAAACCGUAAUCAGUAAAAAAUAACAGCAAGUCACAGUGCAUAAAAUUACACCGUACAAAUUGAGAAGCAAAGACACAAAACUUAUUGAAAAAAUAUCCCUGAACUCCUUUCUUCACAACUGCUUCUGCUGUUCCUAAAGUAUUGGUCUGGGAAAGCUCCAUGUGUAGCUUCAUCAGUAGGUGGGAACCAAGACCCUGGGCUAUGCAUCAGGACUGCCACCCUGAUGGUAAUUCAAAAAGAGCAGAAGAGCUGCACUUAGAAUACAAGCGUCCGCAACAUCCGUUUUUUUAAUCCUAAGUGACAAUUCUUCCUUCUCUUUACGGGAACUAUUUUUAAAUUGGGUGUUUAAACAUUGGGACUCUGCUGUUGCAGAGGCUGGAGCUGCAAAAGCUCAAGGGUGAUGAUGAAACUAUAAGUGCAGUCGGAUUAAUUCAAACCCCUCCCCCACACACACUCUGAACAGCCCAAUUUAAAUGGAAUUUAAAUCCCCCAAGGAAAGGCUUUUGAGCUUUUUUAAGCUGCAGAAAAAUAAGACUGUGAAUCAUUUUCCUUAAUGCUGUGAUUUGGAAGACGCUCUAUUCCCUCAACACACAUUUUUCAGACCUGACACCUAAAACGAAAAACAAAAAAAAACCCACCUAGCUGUUUUCCUUAGCCUUAUAUUUCCAAUAAUACCAGAAGUGCAGGAACCGUGUCCCACAAAAUAGAUGGGUGAGAUGCCCAUAUUGGUUUAUCCUGUUUAUUAAACAAAACUUAACUCUGGAGCUGGCUUUGCAAAGUUCUUGAGAGGGGUUUUUUUUUUCAUAGGAAAGCUCAAAAUGUGGCUUUAUACACUGAAGACUGGUGAGGUGUCAUGAGUUUUCUGCUUUUCAAGCUUUAAAAACCAAAAUAUUUAAAUGAAGGCCCAACCUCCCUAAACAACCACUAGUGCAUUAAGAAUAAAUGCACGAGUGGUUGUAUUGGGUUAUAAACAUCAGCUACAAAGCUGGGAAAGCACUAGUGGCAAGCCCAAAAAAGAAAAAUGGUGGGUAAAAGUGGGACUCUAGAAACAAAAAGCUUUCAGAAAAUAAUCCUUAGGUUCCUCAGUUAAAUUAAACUGGAUCUCACUGCAUUUUCCUGUCCAUUGGGUGAGAAUGGCUGCUUCAAGAACCUGGAGGUUUUGUCCUCUUUUUUUUUUUUUUGGUCACCAUAAAUUUGCCUCAAACAUUCUCUUCAGGAAUAUUUAGAAUAGACAUUUUUUUAAACGAGAGGAGUGUGGGAAGAGGGAGAAGUUAUGGAUGCUGCUUGCCUAACCAGUGGCAAUUUGCCUCUUGACUUUUAACCACAUUCCAGAAACUAAUGGCAGUGGAUGCUGUAGAUAAGAGAAGAAAUCCGCUGCAGGCCCUUGUGAUUUAUUUGCAUUUGUGUAUCCUCCACUCCUUCGAGCAGCUGAAGGGUCCUCUGAUCAUGAUUCUCUCUCGUCACCCCACAAAUAAUAAUAAAAAAAUGUUGUGGUUUUAUCCUUGCAACAACAACCUUGUGAGCUAGGCUUUUGAGAGAGAAGAAUACUUGCCUGUGUCUUUUUAUGGGACUGCUUCCUAGCAUUUUGAGCCCGGGUCUUCCUGAUCCAAACCCAUCAUUUGAUUCGCUAAAACCACACUGUCUGCUGGGUACUAACAUCCCUGCAACAGAACCAACAUCUUGGGAGUACAUGGAGGGCUCACCCAAUGCACAUGGAAUUGCAGCAUAUUUAUUAGGGGGACUGAGGUUCAGUUCUCUGGAAAUGACCAUAGAAUAGUUUCUACCUGUAAUAAGCUUAUAUAGGAUGGGGUAGACCAGCGGUUCUCAACCUGUGGGUCUCCAGAUGUUGUUAGAUUACAACUCCCAUCAUCCCUGAGCUCUGACCUUGCUAGCUAAGGGUGAUGGGAGUUGUAGUUCAACAACAUCUGGGGACCCACAGGUUGAGAAAAGCUGGGGUAGACAGAAGGCUUCAGGCCAUCAGUGGACUACUGACCGAUGCCCAUCAGGCUGUCUUGUCACCUACUGGUUGCUAAGUACUGUAUUUUUCCGUGUAUAACAUGACCCCUCCUUUUGGGGACUCCAGUUUUAGAAAAUGGGGGCAGAUGGCGGAGAGUUGUUGAGCUUUUUGGGAAGAGAAUUGCCCCCAGAGUGGUCAAGCUUUUUGGGGGGAGGAUUGCCCCCAGUUACAAAGGUAUUUUUAGGGGAGUGCCGAAAAACACUCACCCGGCUGAUGAUAAACGCUACCAAACGCACGCACAGAAGAAGCAACAGAGCAUCUGCCAGCAAGCCAACAGCAGCCAGCAUUCACACACCCAAAUACCGCAGCAACAGCCAGUCCACAGCAUCGCUUGCAGCAGACUCCAUUCUCAAACCCAAUUGCAGCUGACAAGCUACAGCUUGCAUCUGCAACCAGUCACCAGCUCCCCCAAAAUCACUACCUGUGUAUAAGACUACCCCCCCUAUUUUUAACAUUCUUUGACAGUUAAAAAAAACACCUUGUCUAAUACACGGAAAAGUACAGUAUCUUGAGCUAGGUAGACCUUGGUCCAAAACACAAAGGCAGCACUCCUCCUCUUAAGCAAGAGUGCAUACUGGCACUCACCUGGCACAGGUUACUUAUGCCUUAACUAUUAAAAGAUCCUGAGUAUGCAGCCUUGCUUUUUAAUUUUGACAUAUGUUGACAGACUACUGGGAUUCUAGUAAAACAAAGUAGGAGGCCUCAGUUUGUACUACAAAGAGUACAAGCCUGAAUCUUAAUGGGGGUUGUAUCCAGUGAAGUCGUCCUGCUAACAGAGGAAGGACUUCUACCUGUGGAACAGGACUUCCUGUCUUCACUCCCAUGUCCCUGCCCCGCCACCACCCGAUCUGCUCCAGAGGGUUGGAAGAACUCACAGGAAAGAUUUUAAGAUUAGGAGGCAUCAUUUUCAUCUGUAGUUGGAGGAAGGAAUUCACUGUGACGAUUUAAAAAAAAGGGGGGGGGUGUCAGUAGCAGGAAUUUACCCAAACAAAAUAAAACCGGUAUAGUGAGCAGAUGAAUUUUGUUCCAUGUCUCUAAAAACUUGACACUUUCAGAACAGGUGGUGGUCCUCUCUGCCCCCUGUUUUGCCUGUAACUCUUGGGUGGAGAAAACAUAGGUUCUUAUUUUCAGUAGGAUGUUUCGUGUGCUUCCACUUCCCCCAACUCUCCUGCUUUCUUUUCCAAAUAACACCGGGUCCAUUCCCCCUUGCCAGCAUUUCGCUCUUUUUUUUCUGGGUGCCUUUCUAUUGCAGCCUCAUUUCACUCCACCCGCUGCCAAUGGUUAGGAUGUUGUUUUAUAGCCACAUGAGACCUAGGGUGAAGCACAACGUAGCUUCCAAGAGCUGAGUCCUGGACUGCUUUUGCAGCACCCCAUGUUCUUUCUGCAGGACUUCUUAUUAAAAUAAAAAACAUUUAAUGGUGGGGGUUGGGGAGGAUGGUCAUCUCAUAGUCUUUGUCAGUAUGAUCCUAAGCCGGUGUUGAGAACUGCAAGAUGCAUAAUUCCUGUCCCCCUUCUCUCUCCUCUCCCUAGUAUUCUCCAAGUAUGCGAGCCACCUAUCUAUCGGUUGAUGAUGAUCACAGGCGACAGCACGGCCCCCAAUUUCCAGCCUAGCACUCACCUUGUAGACAAAAGCCCACAACAUACGAUGUUGCUAUAGUGGAAAACCCAGUGACAACUUGAAGGCGCACGGACUGCAGGGAAAUAGAAUUGCCUCCGCAGGGAUGCAGAAGGGCUCUCUGAGAGGGAGUCGGCUGAAGAAGACACCCGCUGGCACUACGGAUAUAACCUUCCAGGGAUUAUCCCAGGUGCUCGACCGACAGCCUUUUCUCUCUCACAACGUUUAGUCUUCCUUUCUCGCACACACAGGAUGGUACCCGGUGCUUCCAUCCUUCGAGCGAACUGCUCCGAAGUCUCCUCCACGACUCGCCAUUUCCUCCUGAUCCCUUCCUGCCACCAGCGCAUUGCCCUCCCCAAACCUAUUUUUUUUGGGGGGGAAAGACGGGGUGAAAUUAGGGUUUGGACUGUCGGAAGUUUAUGCACAGGCUUUCUCUCUGCACUGACUUGAGGGCUGGGUCCCCCCCCCCCCCAUCAUUGAUGGUGUGGUUCGGGCUUCCUUUUUGAUUUUGUUUGUUUGUUUGUUUUAUUAGGAGCAAAUAACAAAGACCAGUUCACUGUACAAGUAAAACAGAACACUGAUUCGUUGUGUACAGUGACCUAAGGGAAGUGGGCUGCUUUCCACGAAAGAAAAACGCACCCCACUUUUUGGAGUCAAAUGCAAUACCAACCGCUAGAGCGAAUUUUCUUUUUUCCUCUAGAGAGGUCUCUGCACACAAAAAAAGCCUAUUUCUGGCUGCUACUUCAUCAUUGCCCUUUUCAUAGCACCUGUUUGGUGUAGAAUGGUACGAGAUCCACACUCAGUAUUCUCCCUUUGUCAUCGGUUAUUAGAAUUAACAUGCAGUUCAGCCAACAUUGCUUCAAUGGCCUCAGGUAUUAUUUAGAACAAACUGGGUUUGUUUUGUUCUUUUAUGCAUUUUGUUUGUUCUUCGUAUUACAAUAAUUAUUGUUAUUCUUUCCAGCGUUUUUAUAUCGGCUAUCCAAAGAGCAUAACCUCUUUUUAUCUCUCUCUCUUUUUUUGUCUUUUAAAAGGUUUUUUUAUUAAUUACAUGUGAGGUGAGUUAUUUUUUAAUAUGUUGAAUAAUUUACAAAUUUCUGUUUUUAGCACUGAUUUUUCUUAAUCAAAUGCCAUUGCCCAUGCAGGGGAAAACUUUGACAUAUUCAAGCAUUCUUUUCUCUCAGUAUGCUGGGGCGGGGCAAGGUGGGUAAAAAUAACAAUGAAAAUUGGGUUGGUAUGUAAUAGGGAGAAAAUGCUCUAACCAUUGCCAUGAAGGUGCUGCCGACAGUCAGUGUCUUAGUACAAUUUCCCUUGAGAGUAAUAUCUCCUCUGUUUUUCUCCAGUCGUGGACUGUGGUACACCUACUGUCUUUAGAGACUCUUGAAAGCUAUCAAUGCUAAUCGAGGGAGUCCUUUUAAACUAGAACUGGUGCUCAUCACUGCAGCGAUUGUAGCACAACUUUGGCUGCCAAUAGAAAUGAAACAUGGUUUUCCAUUUCCACCCAGUACUGAAGAGAAGAAUUCUCUUCUACCCUUCUUCUGUGUCUGUGUGUGUGUCUCUGAGUUAAGUCCAGCUCAUGGGCGUAGCCAGGAUUUAUGUUGGGGCAGGCAGGACACCCACCUGUCAUCGCCCUCUGUCUAGCAGAUUUCAGAAUGAAAUGUCUCAACAACAGCUGUUUUAAAUUGCUUUCUUUUUGACCUCAAGUGCUCAGAAAAAUCUGUCAAAAAUCUUCAGUCAUUUGAAAACUAGGAAUUCAAAUGAAAAAUUAUCGUCAGGGAGUGCUUUUCAUGCGGUAUAUUUUGCAAAAUUACAAAGGGCCCAUCUUUUUUCAUCCUUUUAAAAAAAUUAAACUAAAACAAGUUUUCUUGGACUGGCUGAAAACCUUUUCAGCACUUCCUUCUCAAAUUUCUUCUCCCCCCCCCCCACCCACACAGUUUUUCUGUGCACGCUCAGUAAGCCCAGCCCAUUGAGAUACUCCCCUGUCCAUCGUUGACCUUAACCAGGUCUUUACUCUCCACAGGGUACUGGAUGAAUGGCUGAGCAAGAGCCUUUUUCAUGGUAAAAAAGAUUUCCACCUCUUUUACUAGGUCCGCUGUGUUCAGCUCUUUUAACUGCUCUUUGCUGAGUUUCUUCUCCUUCCGCAUGGUGUACCACAGCUCAGCUUCGGAGUCGAAAUCUUGCAACUUAUAAAAACUAAAACUUACUGUACUUUUCCGUGUAUAAGACGCCCCCAUGUAUAAGAUGCCCCCUAUUUUGGGGGACUCAAAUUUAAGAAAAUAGGGGGGGAGAUGGGGAAAAGUUGUUGAGCUUUUUUGGAGGGGAUUUUGGAGCGCAGGUGGUGCUGUGGGUUGAACCACAGAGCCUAGGACUUGCUGAUCAGAAGGUUGGCGGUUCGAAUCCCCGCGACGGGGUGAGCUCCUGUUGCUCGAUCCCUGCUCCUGCCAACCUAGCAGUUCAAAAGCACGUCAAAGUGCAAGUAAAUAAAUAGGUACCGCUCCAACGGGAAGGUAAACGGCUUUUCCGUGCGCUGCUCUGGUUCGCCAGAAGUGGCUUAGUCAUGCUGGCCACGACCCGGAAGCUAUACGCCGGCUCCCUCGGCCAAUAAAGAGAGAUGAGCACUGCAACCCCAGAGUCGGCCACGACUGGACUUAAUAGUCAGGGGUCCCUUUACCUUUACCCAAGAUUGUUGAGCUUUUUUUAGGAGGGAAUGCCAGAAAUCGCUCACGCGCAGCAAAAUCCACCUCUUGUCUGUCCACCCCUAUGCACUACCCAUGUAUAAGAUGACCCCCACUUUUUAGCAUGAUUUUUAAAGAAAAAACCUAGUCUUAUACACGGAAAAGUACAGUACUUUUAGCUAAGUAUUUUUAUUUACUUACUUGAUUCGGGGCUGGCACACACACACACACACCGCCCCCCUGGCUAUGCCCAUGGUCCAGCUGGCAAUGGAGGAAUUUCUGGGGGGUGAGAAGAGAAUCCAAGUAAGUCUAAAUGGAUGAGUGGAAUGUCAUUUCAUUUCCAGGGCAUCCUUUUACUCAGGGGUAGUCAGUGUGUUGCCCUCUUGAUGCUGUUGGAAUUCCAUCUCCCACCACCCUUGUGGAUUCGCCUUCCUUGAAAGUUUUUUAGCAGAGGUUGGGUGGCCAUCUGCCAGAGAUGCUUUAGCUGAUAUUCCUGCAUUGCAGGGGGUUGGGCUAGAGGACCCUUGGGCGUCUCUUCCAACUCUUACACUUCUAUGAUUCUAUCCCUGACCCAUGGGCCAAUCUCACUGGGGCUGGUGGGAGCUGAUUUCAACAACGUCUGGGAGAUACUGCGUUGGCCACUCCUGCCUUACAGGUCUGGUUUCAGCUUUUCCCAAAAUCCCUUUUAACUCUCCCCUCCCUCCUUCCGUUGGCGAGGUCGGAUUUGCUUAGGCAGAUUUCCCAACGAACUGCUCUGCGUUUUGUACCUUGGUGUCGCAGGGACAGAAAGCAAUACAUAAACCCUUCUCGUGGGAAAACACAAAUGUGUAACAGUUAACCCACCAAAGCACAACAACUAAAAAUGAAAAGGAAAAAAAAGGCCAGAAAGCAUUUGUCAAACCUGGACACUUCACAUGAUUUCCCUUGAGUAAUGCCUCGUCCACUUCUCUUCAGCAAUGGGCAGGAUUGCAAGGGAGACUUUUCAAGCAACAUCAGCCUGGCUGAGUAGCAUUUGGGCUGCACAUCCUUCAGAAAUGCUUCUGCCCAAUCACUGCCCACGAUCUAAGAGUGCUAAAAACUGCAGAGGUACAAAAAGUUGCCCUCCUAAGCAUACACGGAGGUUUUAAUUACUUGACAGCAAUGACUCACUGUGUCUUUUAUCAAGGAUAACUUGUACAUAUCAUGUAUGGCAACAUAAUUUAUACAUUCAUCUUAUAUGUGGCUGUGUACAACUUAAGGCAUGUGGGGCGGGGAGAACCCUGGUUUUACGCUGUUAAUCGUCUCAUUGUAACGAUGCCGUUCAGUACUUUUUUAAAUAAAAAAGAACGCAUGCGAGCUAACCUCAUCUCGGGCUCCUUUUGGAGCUAUGCCUGAUUUGUAUGUACUGACUGGGAAACGAAUAAUAAACACUUGUACUAAAAUAAAAAUAAAAAAGACCUUCAGCUGCC